CUCUAUUGGCCGCUCGCCGGACUGGGUGACGUUGGACAACAAAGAUGGCCGCUGGAAGCAGCAACUACUGGGAAGGUGAGAACCGGAUACCGGGAUCGGAGAUACCGGAUACAUGAUGGAGAGGCUCAGUCCCGGGUAUCCUGGCAAUGAAUGUGUUUGGGCACUCAGGAAUGGAGGGCUAGUGGUGUAUGGAGCCGGUCACACUGAUUACAAGAAGUGAAAGUGAAGUAAUUGGGAAAUUCACUCUAAUAACAUGGGAGCUGGGCACUGGGGGCAGCACAGGAAAGGCUUCUGUAACCCCUCGACCUGUACACACUUUGAUUACUAGCAUGGGCUAGUUCAGAGGCACUCCAGAUCUUGUGGACUACAUCUCCCAUAAUGCUAUUACAGCCAUGAUGCUGGCAAAGCAUCACGGGAGAUGUAGUUCACUACAUCUGGAGAGACAAAGUUUGCCCACCCCCUGGUUCUAGUUCCUUAGAUCAGAACUACAACAACCCCAGCGCCCUGAUAUCUAGGUCCCUUACCAUGGACACCAUUGUAAAUAUAGGAAUCUGAUAGGACUGUGUUAACGUGUACUACAGGGGAGCCCACAAGGUAGAUCCACCAGAUAUAUUUUUUUUAAACUACAGCUGCCAUGAUGCUUUGGCAUUCUAAAGACAUGCAAAGCAUCAUGGGAGUUGUAGUUCCACAACAUCUGGGCAUCUAGCUUUUGAGCACCCCUGAUCUAUUAUUAUUAUUAUUGCCAUUUAUAAAGCGCCAACAGAUUCCGUAGCGCUUUACAGUAUUAUGAGGGGGGAUGUAACUACAAAUAGAACAAUUACAAGAAAACUUACAGGAAAAUUAGGUUGAGGACCCUGCUCAAACAAGCUUACAGUCUAUCUACUACCAUUAUAUUACAGCUGUGUGUUAUUUGGACAAGCACUUAUCUACCUGUCUGAGUUAGUUCAUUUCCCAAAUUAGUUUACGUAUUUGCAUUACUUUUGUAUGACAAUAGCUACUUUAUAAAUCAUUUGUAAUAUACGGCUAUUUAGUGCCCCUGGUUGAUAUGUUCAUAUUAGAGUAUCUCUGGCUCUUUUUAGUAUACAUAACAGUGAACCAUGUGAUAUGGGAAAAUAAUACCAUUCGGAGGAAGGGCUCUGGAGACAUACAGGGUUGUUCAAUAAAGUGACCAUUUAAAGCAAAUUUUCUAAUUUAAGGGUAAAAUAUUUGAAAUGGAUAGUGUACAAUUGUGUUUGUGUGUAACAGUGUGCUCAUGUGUCUAGGAGUGCAGAUGUAGGUCCUCCGUGGGAGAAAACAACAUAGCCAGUGACACGUAACAAAUCAAGCUCACCAUCGUGGUUAUGUUGACUAGAGUGUCAUGACAUAGACUUUUGACAUAAAUCUGGUUCCUUCAUGGAGUCUAUAGAUCACAUCCUCCUCUGCCAUAUUGAUAAUGAGGAAUUGCAAUUCCCCAUUAGUUAUGUCAAUUUCGUCCAAUCAGGUCUGCAUUUAGUGGGCUAAACUCCCUAGAGCACUCAGCCAACCACUGCUGUCCAGGUCGAAUAAAAUUGACAUUGAUGAUGCAGAAUACUUAAUUCUUGCAAGGACACUUGAGGCUUCAUACCCUCCACAAGACUUAAAAGUAAAGUAUUACUAAUGCUAACAAUACUUUGAGGUCCCUGUCUACAAUAGGCUACAGUUGCUAAGCACACAGAGGCAAUCCUUCUGUUUGAGACACACACCCAAAAGAUGCUUGUGGAAAGUUGACAUUACUGUCAUGCACUGCUUAUUAAACUGCUGUCAUCUCCUGUGUUCAGGCACCUGUCAUUGAAGAUUCCUUAUAACCCUGUGGUAUAAUAAUUAUUUUUUUCCAUAGAAAAUGCACCAUUUUAUAAUAUUGUUCUUUCCAGUGGUAAUUGAUUUCUUAUCGGUGCUACAUUGUAGGGUAUUAAAUAUAAGUGAUUUAUUUCUUUCCUUUUUUUCCUCAUAUAUCUACACUGGAGUGAAUGUACAAAAUGUACAAUUUGUUUUAGUGUUAAAGGAACACAUCGCUUUGAGAAAAAAAAUACUUUUGUGUAAUUUUUUUUUUUUUGACCUGUGUCCUUGUAGUUUUUUAGAUUUCAGGGCCUCCAUUUUUAUUCCAAAUCGCCAUUUACUUAUCAUUAUUCUAGUGCACGUUUGACAGAUUCUCAGAGAAGCAUCAUGGCACUUAGGCACAUGCAUGAUGAUGGACCCAAUCCUCCAAUCAAAUGCUUCUUGUAGCUAAACAUAGCUGCAGUGAUGGCCAGUGCUAUGCGCAUGUACACGGCCCAGUGCAACACUAUCCAUUACACGUUUUUGACUUUCCAGCGCUGGUUUCCAAUUAACAGCAAGUGUAGGUCAAACAAAGUCAGCCCACUAAGCAUGCUUACAUCACUAACAUUGGUAUGAGAACUAUAAAGUAUGCUUCCCAGCACUUUAAUUCAGAGGGUAGAAGAUCCGCUUUCAGGCUUUUAUACAAAAAAAACUGGAGAACUGAAUGCUGGGACAAAGGACAUUAUGGCACUAAAAUAUCUUCAAUAAGAUGAAGCCAUUCUUGUGGCUACAAUGUUCUUUUAAGCUAAAAUACAAAAUCGUGACAUUGUUUUAUUGUUGGAGAUCAGAAUUUAGAAUAGUAGAUUCUUUCAUAUGCUAUAAAGGGCUAAAAUUUAAUAUUACAGUAUAUACUACAUUUUAAUUCUAAAGCUCUCAUAUAGAGCUCUACAAUACGGAGAAACACGUUCUUUGUUUAUAUUUAUUUUUGUUGUUUUUAUUCAUGCAUUCUUCAGUAUGAAACUAGUUGGUUUGCAGAGUGCACAGUUGCACAGUGCAGCAUCUAUGUUCAGCUUCUCAUUCUUCUGUAUGGAGGCGCUGAAUGUUCUCCAUAGAGAUGCACUGAAUGCGCAAUAGCCUCCCAAUGCUUUCCUGUAGGAAACUUUGGAUUGGCUGAAAUCAAGAUUGUUUCAGCCAUGGAGACCGGGCCCGCUGCAGAGAGACUGUCACUGUAUGGGAAAAAAGGUGAGUUUAAACUCCUUUCCAAUGCGAUUGGAGGGGGGUCUGGUCACCUAAACAGAUGCACUCACAGAAGACACCCAACCUCCUUACCUUUUGGAGAGCUGGAUUGGAUCCUUUCCCUGGGGUCCAGUGUGGCUGCUGUAAUCUUCCAGUUGUUCCUGCUGUGUUCACCAUCUCUCGGCAUCACAGCAGGGCACGCGAGGGAGAAGAGCAGAAAGAUUUCCGCUCCCUCGCCACCCAGUUCCAUUCUGCAGCCGCCGCACCCAGGCGCCAGGACAAAAUUCCUAGUCGCUAUGGUGACCUGGCGCGUGGGAUUUGUCGAGCCCUGAUGUACUAGUUCUGGUAACUUUUAAAAACUAAUGGCAAACAUGUGAAGGAAAUUUACAAAUGAAGAAUGGAUUUCCCUCCUGAUCCGAUGUACAUAUGGGUCCCCUUCAAAAAACAUGACAGGAAAUUGAACUGUUUGAAAUACUAAGUUAAGUAAAAACUCUUGAAAUAACACUAUAGUGUUAGGAACACAAACAUGUAUUCUUACUGCUAUAGUGUUCUACUCACUAUUUAUUUAUAUCCCAUAGUGCGCAUUUUGUCAUUGGCCACUCUUCCUCACUGGCAGAGAUUAUCAUCAUCAAUCUUGGUAAACUCACCCAAUCAAAGGUUGCAAGAACUCAUCUAGGAAGUCCCUCUAGUGCCUGUCUGAGUGGCAGCAGUGGAGAAAAGGAUACAUCUAGAUUCUAUAGUAGUAAAAAAGGGAGUACAAGGAUUGUUGUCCUUAAAGGGAUACUAUAGGCACCCAGACUACUUUAGCUCAUUAAAGUGUUCCUAUUGCACUUAGCGCUGCAAUGUAAAACAUUGCACUUCCAGAGAAACUGCAAUUUUUACAUUGCAGCACUAAGUCUACUUGCAGUGGUUGUCUACCACUCGUCAUUCCCAUGCGUCCUAACAGACUUUUGGUCUAGUAACUGACGCUGGACGUUCUCAUGCUCUGCAUGAGGACAUCCAGCGUCAGCUAUUUCCCCAUAGGAAAGCAUUGAUUCAAUGCUUUCAUAUGGGGAGGCCCAAUGUGCGUGUGGUAUUUGCCGCAUUAGCGCCCGAUCGAGGGACAUCGGAGGAGGCAUAGCCGCGACCCAGGUUUUUUAACUCUUUUGUGAAGGGGCGCGAGGGAGGAGGAGGCAGAAGAAGCUGUAUACAGCUUUGUAUUCCUGGCACUACAGCAAGGCUCGACAAAUCCACGGCGACUAAGAAUUUUACCCUUGCUCCUGGAAUUGGUCAGCCCGUUCCCUCCUCUUCCUCCUAUCUCAAUCCAGUGUAGCGCUCUGUGCGCCAGUGUCCUGUGAGGAAGUGAACUGUAAUUACUUUCUCCUGGCGCUGAGACAGCACAGCAGAACAACUGGCAAAAUCGUCUCUGUUUGCCACGUGCCCCCAUUUCACAGACCCGACCGCCCGCACAAUCGUUCCCCUGCGCGGCUUCAGCGCCGGGAGGAAGUAAUUGCAGAUCACUUCCUCCCGGCGCACAGUGAGCUACAUGUGAUAUCGAGACAGGUGGAGGAGAGAAGUCUUGACCAGCGUCCGCCCACUCCCAUUAGGCGCAGCCAGCCUCACCAAACUGCCUCCUGCUGUGCCCAGUCCCACAGGAAACAGGAGAGUGGCUAAAAAUAUGUAUUCACUUUUUUUAUUUCUAUGUGUAUAUCUGUCAUGCAUGUACGUCUGUGUGCAUCUAUGAUUCUUUGUGUGUGUAUCAAAUAAUAAAUAUCUUGUGAGGAUGUGUGUGUAUGUCAGUCUGUCAGUGAAUGUGUAUGUUUAGGUCACCAGCCCCCCUCCGAUCGCAUGGGAAUGAUGUUUUUACUCACCUGUUUUCCAACGCCGUGCCAGUCUCGCUGCAGCUGGCCAGCGUGCAUAACUGAGAUUAUCACUUACCAAUCAACAUCUCCUCACAGUGAAGCAUUAAAGCAAUGCAUCUCUAUAGAGAACUUCAACGCUGUUGCCACGCUGAAUGUAGGUGCUGCAUAUUGUGCAGCACUGAGAUAGGAGACACUUUAGUGGCUGUUGGAGUCACUGCCAUUAGAGGUGUUACUAGGCAGCAAGGUAAACACUGUCUUUUUUCUGAAAAAGCAGAACUUACAUUGAAAAACCUACAAGGACAUGUUAUAGACACCAGUCACUAAAUUAAGUUGUAGUGUUUCUGGUGACUAUAGGGUCCCCUUAAGAAUUGUAUUUUUGACACUGAAUAAAAACUGGCUCCUUAUUUUUUUUUAGUUGGCUCCUUGAUUGAAAGCGAAUUUGUCAAGCCCUGCACUAUAGUAUCCCUUUAAUGAAGAGUGUUAAGUAAAAGAGGCGGGAAUGCCAGUUAAAUGACUGAGAUAGGUAGAUAGAUAUAUAUAUAUAUAUAUAUAUAUAUAUAUAUAUAUAUAUAUAUAUAUAUAUAUAUAUAUAUAUCUCUAUCUCUCGCUCUCUCUCUCUCUCUCUAUGUGUAUAUAUAUAUAUAUAUAUAUAUAUAUCUAUAUCUAUAUAUGGUUUGUUGUCCAGUCAUCUGACUACUUAUCUCAUGUAUUUGAUUAAGGAGUAGGGGAAGAUGUUCUAGAGGAAUAUUUGGCUCAAGAUCUUAUUCCGUUGUCCCCUGUAAUGCCGAUCUUCUAUCCUCUCCCUAAAAUCCAUAUUGUCAAUAGCCAAUAGCAUCUGGUAUUGGCUCUUCAAAUUAGUGGUUUUCUGAAUUCAUUGAUUUUCUUCUUCAGCUCUUAUUAAUAUUUUGUUUUUGUUUUUUUGUAAUUUGAGCGAUACUAAGCAAGUUUUAUUUAUGAAGGUUUUCCAGAUGCAGGAUGGUCAUUGUUUUGUGACUAUGGACAUCAUGUCCCUGUAUUCUGACAUUCCACAUUACCUUGGUUUACAGGCAGUUCAUUAUCAUCUUGGAAAAUAAAGCGGCUAUUCAGAUGUAUUGAUUUAAUUCAUUAUUAUAGCCAUACAACAUUUUCUUGAAUAUAAUUUCUUCCAAAGGGUCUUCCUACAUCCAGAGGUGUUGCACUUUGAGGGGUGCCAAGUUUGCGCCCACCCAUGCCAUCUUAUUAAUGUAAUGGUAGGAAGAUUCUCAAGUCUAUGGAGAUAGUAACCCAUAUCGUACAGUAGAUAUAUCAACAAUAAGAUUUUUGUGUGGACUAGGGGUUGACAUGUCCUGGAUGAUUUAUUUGCAUAUGUUAAUAACAACACACUUUGUUUGAAAUUCACCAUGCAGUUAUACAUUAAUAAAUUCUUUUAGAUUUUACCAUUGGGAAUGCGAGGAAUGGUUCUAUAUUGACCUACAUUAAUAGGAAAGAUACAGACAUCAACUCCCUUUUAGAGGCCACCAUUCUGGCUUAGACAAAACUGUAGGAACUAUGCACAUUUUCUUGAGCAGUCUGUCUAAAGCAGCACUUGAUGGAUAGGAAAUACCCCGUUUGGUCCAUUGAACUGCGUUUAAUAUUGCAGAGAAUAAGAGGAGGGAUCUUAGAAAAGGUGUGCACAAAAAGAAAAAACAAGGUACCGAUUGCGUGUUCUUUUCAACUCCCUACAGUCUGCAGUAGAUUGUCAUUAAGAAUAAUUUGCCUAUUUUAUAUGGUGAUGAUCAUUUAGCUUACUUCUUUCCAGUAACAUUAUGUUUCUGUGAAAAUGGCCAUUUCUGGGAGAUAGGUUAUCCCUGAGUCUUUUUCUUAGUGAUGAUGUUAAAGGUGAGUUCUAAUUACCAGUCGCUCAUAGGAGAGGCUGGGUCCUGUUCAACAUCACCAAGAGUCAACAUCACUGCUGUACGCUUGCGCAUGCAAAAUCCAGAGAAGCCCUCCAUAGACCAAGCCAAUUCCCUGCAGCUGUCACUGGUUGGGGGGAUUGACACUUCUAGCUAGCCAGUAGCUCUGUCUAGUGUCUAGAAGAAUUAGGCAUUCUACUUUGUCUCCGUAUAUCGCUUGACUAGGUUGGGAUUUCAGUGAAAUUCCAACACAGUCAUAAAUAUUUGUAAUGAUUCUAUCUUUAUGUAAUGCAAAUUUUUCUGGGGAAGUGACAGUGCCUCUUUAAUAGCACGACAGAGAUGUCCUUAAGGAGUUAAAUGGACUCAGUACUAUGUUUGCAUGAGUUCAUUUAGAGAGUGUUGUUUCUUCAGAUCCAUAUAGGACCUGGUAAGUUAUAUAACAGUUAUCUGCUUAAUGGAAGGGGAAAAUGUAUUGUCUUGUAGACUGUAUACAUUUUAAUUCUGUCUAAAUCAUGGGUCGUCAACCUGGUUCCUACCACCCACUAGUGGGCAUUUCAGGAUUCCAGGUUGGCGGUAAGGAUUUCAGCGGCUAAAUCCUCUUUUUUAGAAGAUUUCUCCUUUUGGGUGGGCGGGCAGGCGCGAGCGGCUAUGCGGGUGCAAGAUUUCAGUGACCGGCAGGUCUCCUGCCAGGCCACCUUCUGGACGCCCCGGCAUGGCGUGCGGCAGUGGUAAGAUCAGACGCGGUGAGGGAGCUCUAACCUCUCUGCUCCCUCACGCAAUGUUUUCUGAUGCAGCGGGAGCCGGAAUAUGACAUCAUAUUCCGGAUCCCGGCAUCAGGAGACUGCCCGCGAGGGAGCAGAGCAGAGAGGUUAGAGCUCCCUCGCGCCUCGGAUUACUCUGCCGCCCGCCGAAGUGAAGCCCCACUGGACCCCAGGGACAGAUCCACACCAGCUCUCCAGGUAGGGAGGCUGGGUGGACAUUCAGUAUUAAUAAUUUGUGUGUGUAUGUGUUUGUGUUUCUCUGUGAGUGUGUCUGUAAGUGUAUGUGUGAGUGUGUGUAUGUUUGUCUGUGAGUGUUUAUAUGUAUGUUUGUCUGUGAAUGUGUGUGUCUGUAAGUGUGAGUGUAUGUGUGAGUGUGUGUGUGACUGUGAGCAGAGUACUUGUAGAAUAGAAGAAAGAAGGAGCAGAGUAUUUGUAAAAAUCAGAAGGCGCACAGUACUUGUAGAAUAGGAGGAAGAAGGAGUAGAGUACUUGUAAAAAAGGGAGAAAAGGAAAAGGAGAGAAUUGUUGUUGGUUAAUAGUAAGUGGGCUGCGUAGCUCAGUCUUCCUACUGGGCAUUGCUAUAAGGAAGGUUAAAAAAAUAGAAAAAAGGAAGAAGAAAAAGGUGAGGAGGGGAGCUGAUGCACAGAUGAGAAAUCAUAUUAUGAGCAAACAGAGAACUCGUCUGAAUAUCACCGAAAGAGGAGACCUUCGUUUGUUCCUUACGAAAAUUGAACCAGAUAUCAAAUAUCUAGUCUCGCAACAUCAACCUCAAGGAUCUCAUUAAUCACUAGUAAAGGUAAUUUCAAUUUACUUUAUUGUUUUCUCAUUAAACUUUAUAAAGUUAAAACAUUAUAAACAUGCAUAAAGUAGAAAUAAAAAGAUAAAUGUAUGUACAUUUAUUUUUUUAUUUUUAAAACACCCUCCUUUCUAAAAAAUAUUCUGCACUUGCGCGAAAACUGGUGGGCGGUAAGGAAAUUUUUCCAUCAAGAAAGAUGCAUUAGUGGGCGGAAGGUAGAAAAAGGUUGACUACCACUGGUCUAAAUUUAUCCAUUAGCUGUGUUUGCAACAUGGUUGUGCUGCAUUUUAUUUGUAUCUAAACAAAUUCAAUUGGAAAUUGGUUGCAAUUCACAUAACACCUAUGGGUGCUAUCAUAAAGAGGCAUCUCUUAAUGCCAACCAACAUAUUACUAUGUACAAAAAGAAGCACACCUUCGUUAAUAACUCAAAUCUCUUUAUUAUACAAACAAAUUAAAUAAAAAAAAAAAAUGCAAAAUAAACACUGUUACAAGACUAUAACAACCAGUGACAGAGGCUAUAAAAUAUUCUCUAAAUCAAACAGGCAUAAAAGCUCACUUGCAUAUUUCCACAAAGGAAUGGGCACGUGUACAGAACAAAACCCCAACGUUUCGGCACAGCUACUAGUGCCUUUUUCAAACCCCAACAUUUCGGCAUAGUAACUAGUGCCUUUCUCAAACCCACAACGUUUCGGCACAGCUCGUAGUGCCUUUCUCAAACCCACAACGUUUCGGCACAGCUCGUAGUGCCUUUCUCAAACCCCAAUGUUUCAGUGCAGCUACUAGUGCCUUUCUCAAACCCCAAUGUUUUCGUGUAGCUUAUAGUGCCUUUCUCAAACCCCAACGUUUCGGUGCAGCUACUAGUGCCUUUCUCAAACCCCAACGUUCCGGCGCAGCUACUAGUGCCUUUCUCAAACCCCAACGUUUCGGCGCAGCUACUAGUGCCUUUCUCAAACCCCAACGUUUCGGCGCAGCUACUAGUGCCUUUCUCAAACCCCAACGUUUCGGCGCAGCUACUAGUGCCUUUCUCAAACCCCAACGUUUCGGCGCAGCUACUAGUGCCUUUCUCAAACCCCAACGUUUCGGCGCAGCUACUAGUGCCUUUCUCAAACCCCAACGUUUCUGCGCAGCUACUAGUGCCUUUCUCAAACCCCAACGUUUCGGCGCAGCUACUAGUGCCUUUCUCAAACCCCAACGUUUCGGCGCAGCUACUAGUGCCUUUCUCAAACCCCAACGUUUCGGCGCAGCUACUUGUGCCUUUCUCAAACCCCAACGUUUCGGCGCAGCUACUAGUGCCUUUCUCAAAGGAUAACCACCUAGUAUCUCUGAUUGUCUGGUGUACUAUUAGCCUUUUUCUGCCUGUGUACAGUUUGGAGUUUUUUCUUUUCUACUUUUUUCUUUCUUCAUUUUGUCUUAUUAUUAUUUUCGCCAUUUAUAUAGCGCCAACAGAUUCCGUGGCUCUUUACAAUAUUAUGAGAGUGGGUAUUUAACUAUAAAGAGGACAAUUACAAGAAAACUUACAGGAACGAUAGGUUGAAGAGGACCCUGCUCAAACGAGCUUACAGUGUAUAAAAGGUGGGGUAUAAAACACAUAAGGACAGGAAAUAGCAAUCAAAUAGGGUGGGAGUGAAGCAGAGCUGGAGGAGAGAGAGGAGUGCUGCUCUUUAGGAGAGAGCAAGAGAGAGAGUCAGGUAUGUAAGGUAGAGGUUACUCUGGGAGGCCAUAAGCUUUCUUAAAGAGAUGGGUUUUGAGGCACUUCUUACAUGAUUGAAGAUUAGGGGAGAAUCUUAUGGCUGUAGGCAGGCUAUUCCAUAGGAAGUGGCCGUACGGGUGCGAGCAGUGGACAGGAGAAGGUCACGGGCAGAGCGGAGAGACCGAGAAGGGGCAUACCUAUAAAUCUGUGAAGAGAUAUAAGAGGGGCUUGAUUUGUUCAGUGCUUUAUAGGUGUGAAUUAGUACCUUGAAUUGACUCCUAUAGGAUACAGGAAGCCAAUGUAAGGACUGACAGAGGGCUGAGGUGUGAGAGGACAGACUAGAGAGGAAAAUCAGUCUGGCAGAAGCAUUCAUUACAGACUGUAGCGGGGCAAUAUGGCUUUUUUUUUAUAUGACUGCCUAUAUUUAUUUGGUGUUUUCCAAAUGUUCCAUCAUGGUGGAGUUUUGUUUAUGAAUAUGCUGUAUUAAUGUAUUGCAUAUAGUCAGUUAGUCCUUGAUUACUGCAUUUUAUGACUGUGCUGUGCUUUACUCGUUAUUGUGUUACCCUCUUUUGAUAGUUUUAUUACAUUAUAUUGUCAUGUCCUGCUCUCAGAUUGAGGUUAUUUUGGCACAUUUUGCUUGUCACUGGUAUUGCAUUGUGAACAACCACUUGUUUGUUGAUAGUAGUAUUGCAUACAUAGUUUUAUUGAAAACCUUUGUAAGGGAUACUUAGUUAUUCUAAACAAGGUCAGAAUAUUGAUUAAAUACAGCCCAUUGUAUUAUUCCAGUUUAUCCUCCACUAAUAUGAUAUUGGCAAUUUUUUUUUAUUUUUAAAUCAUGUUACUUUUUCUCCAUGUUAUUGUUUUAGAUUGUGAGCAAUAAAGUAAAACUGUUACUGUCUGGGGACUUUUGUUUUUUUGGUCCCUGGAGACCAACCACACUAUGCUGGAUAUGUCACAUGUUGUUAUUAACCCCCUAAGGACCAAACUUCUAGAAUAAAAGGGAAUCAUGACAUGUCACACAUGUCAUGUGUCCUUAAGGGGUUAAGUGUUCUUGCAUAGCAAGACCACUUAAUGUUAUCUCUCAUAUAUAUUAUUAUUCUUAUUAUAGCCAAAUUUACCACCCUAACUCCUCCCACAGUUUUUACACUACAUAGAGAGAAAUAUACCAAAACGUGCAGAUUGUUCCCGAUCGGAUUGCUAUUACUUUGUGGAACGUUUCGCCAAAUGGUUCACGAAAUAUCGUCGUUCUUGUGGCGAAAUUGGUCCCGUAGGAAUGAAUGGAAAAAUGUUCAAAACUAGAGUGGGAGCUGGCAAAAGCUGAAACAUCAGGACAUGAUUUCUAAACUGCCACCACUCCCUCAUUUUCAAGCCCACCUACACAAAUCUUAUAUCAAAACGUUCAGCUAUCCCUGCUGCCCACGGCUAAGCCAUAGUCCUGAUAGUUUUCACAAUAUGACCAUUUGUUUGCAACUCACGCUGUCCAUUGACAUUCAUUGAAACUUCACUCCAGCCAGCUCAAACUUGAAGUGCAAUUUCUAAACUGUGACUGUGCCUUCAUUUUUAAUACUUCAGAGACAUACUAUGCAUCAAAAUGUAGGUCUGGGGCUUGUGAUUCUCACAAUAUAAAGCUCUUCGCUGUAGGAUUUAUAGUUUUUAAAAUACGACCGUUUGAAGAUAGCAACCGCCAAAAUACUCUGACCUGUGCCAGGCUGCAGCAGCAAGUGAUGUCAUAGACAGGGCCUUUUGAACACCUGCUAAUGUUUUUAUAAAUGUAUGGUUUAAUGUAACUGUGCAACAACGUUGCAAUUAAAUGUGCUAUAUAAAUGAUAACAGUUACUCCGCCCAUUCCAGUUGUAGACUACUGGUGGAGGCAAGAACACUUCACACAAUUUCCCUAGAAAUUGUAGCUUUUCUAGUAUGUAAAAUGUUGUUUAAAUAAUAAUAUUAGACUCGCUUUAUUGGUGUGUGUAUAUAUAUAUAGAGAGAGAGAGAUGUUGGAAGUUUUAUUCAAGCAAACAAUGCACACAUUUCAUUUUGCUUUGAACUGUUUUUCUAUAAUAUGUUAUGAUUAGGGAUGCCAUUCAGUGAUGCCAUGUGAUUUUUGUAUGAAUACUUCUGGAUCAGAAUAUUUUUAAUAUGUCAACUCAGCAGCAUCGUAAAGCUCAGUGCAGUAAAUGGGAACAACAGCAACCCAGCUCUGCCUUUAGAAAUAGCUUGAUUCCCAACAGUUUGCUCAAUCUCAGUUCAAAAUGUGUUGUAUUACAGUGGUUUCAAACCUUUUUUGGCCCAAAGCACAUAUCAUUUUUCUUUUUUUUUUGCUUUACUUGCGUAUGCAGGUUAUCAAUAUCACAUUUAGUUUUCUGUCUUACUGGAGAGAUAGGCAUACCUCUAGCCAAACAGACUUAAAGGAACACCCAGGGUAAGUAGUGACACAGUUUGAGAGCUUACCUGUGGCCCACCUGGCAUGCGCUCCUGUGAAACGAGAAACCCCUACAAAGUUCCUCUGUGCGAAGCUCAUCGGAUACAAACCUUAGCUGAACAUUCUCAGCACUUGCUUGCAGCUCCAGGCUUUGCUCAGUGAAGUGCUUUCUGGCAGCAGGUACCCUGCCGGCCCUGGUAAAUUGUCAAACCAGGGCACUGCUGGCAAGAUAACCACUACAGCGGGCUGGUUGAAAAUCACUGUUAUAGUGGACAGUAGUAUUUUUCUGGGGGAUUUAAAUAUAUUUAUAUGUGACAGUUGUGUCCUCUUUUAAUAGAAAUUGGCGCAUUCAUAAAUACACUGUUACUUAUCGGCUGUCGAUCAGACAACCGUUUCUGCUACUUUGGUUAGUUCAGUGGAGCUAAACUCAAGAGACCGGCACUUGCCCAGAGUACCUGCCUUGCAAAGACUUCUCAUGGACCUGCAUUGGGAAGUCUGUGAUUGUAAAAUGCAUAAUUAAAUGUUUUCUUUGAAGGUAUAUUUACUAAACAGAGAUUAUUCAUUUUUGUAUUUGGACAGUGUAGAGUCCCUAUGAAUACGUGCUUCUCAGUUGCAGGUCAGAUCAUUAACCAUACGUAUCCUUCCACAUUAGAUGUCAAUGUAAGGCUUACCUCAGCAUUGACAGCCUGUCCCGAUUUACUUGAUGUUACAUGUCAUCUUUCCAAUAACAGAGGCUGAACCACUGUUUUUGUACUAUAAACUUUACGAUUUAUUUGAAUAUUAUCAGUCAGCUGACAACCAGAGAGGCACAGCAACUUCAGAGAGAAAACGACAGAUGGGACAGUUAGAACCCUGGCACAUGUCCUGGUUAUGCGAGCACCCAGGACACCUGCCAAGGGACACAGGUCCCUCUCGCUUUCUGAGACUUAACAGAAUCAUAAAAUAAUAACAGUAAGCGUUUAACAUAACAAUACAACCAUAACAUAAUUGGAGUCUGAGUUGUCACACAGCUGUUUAAUGUCAUCCAGGUGAAGUGUCAUACUUAAGCCAGCUUACAAGUUUGAAGAACUGAAUACAAACUUCUAGUUUCACAAAUGGUAGUGUUCAUUGAGAUGUACAACCUGUAUCCAACUAAAUGCAUUACUCGUAGAAAUCAUAUGACAUAUGUGUUAACUGUAGAGUAAGCAGAUAUAUUGGAGUUAGAGCAGACUGGUCAGAGUCAACUGCGUAGUUUGGUAGAGUUAGCAUGCCGCAGGGUAAGUAGUGGAGGUCUUUGUACAAUCUCUUUAGCCAAAUACUCUGUCUUGAAAUAACAUGUUUUGUGGACAGUGCUCCCCAUGAUGUUCAUCUAAGUGUAUAUAAUGUAUAUAUUAAACAUGCCAAUUUUUUUAUUUUUUUUACAGAUCUGAGAAAACAAGCCAGACAAUUGGAAAAUGAACUAGACCUGAAGCUGGUGUCUUUUAGCAAAUUGUGUACCAGCUACAGCCAUAGUGGCCCUAGGGAUGGAAGACGCGACAGGUAUAGGUACUAUCUGAUUAUUUUAUUUAUUUAUUUAUAUUUUAUAAUAAGUUUUGUACUAGUGUGUGUGUGUGUGUGUGUAGAUAUAUAGACAAAAAUCCCUGUGCACCGGCUCAAACAGUGCAAAUGCGUUAUUCAAGUAGCUAUAGGAGAGAGCUGCACUCAUGGUUUUCGUUUGUAAAAUAUCGAGUCUUUAUUGGAUAUGCAUUAGAAAUCAACGUUUCAGUCCUGCCUUGAGGACUUUCAUCAGGAUCAAACACAAAAUGCAAAUACAAUUACAGUCAAAUAUAUAGGUGAAAGAUAAGUGGAAAAUAGACUCACCACAGGUGCUGUGCAUCGCCGCCGGCGUCCUAGUGGGUCACGGUCGCAUGCACGUGAAAGCUCCGCCCCUGGACACGAUGUAAUGCUGUUUGUGCGCUGCUGUGAUCGGCACAUAGCCAUGGCAAUGCUUAAAAGUGUAGAGAGAGAGAGAUAAUAUACCCUCUUAUCAGGACACAAUUCGUGGUGUCUAAUGCCAAAAUGGGAUAAAAUGUGAAGUGCUAAAGUGAAUAGAUGUGCUGAUAAAAAAAACUAAUAAAAUAUAUUUUAAAAGGGUACUUGGGUCGCUGUUAGGUGUUAUAUUCAUCCUUCUAAAAGAAAAAAAUCGUUGAAAUAAAUGGAUGUACUUAGGGAGUCCAUAACAGACAAUUCAACCUGAUUAAUAAAGUAUGGGGAUCAACCUUCACUAUACCUCCAUAUAUAUAUAUCAUCACACCUGCUGCAUUACUUAGAAAAAUCCCUAGUGUACACCUUCAUCAUAUAAAAACAAAACCAAUAUGCAAGCCAAAUAUAAAAAUAAAUAUUUUCUCAAGUAAAAAUUGUUUUCAUAAAAAAAAAGGAAUUGUAUGGAAUUGAUUCAUUGAGUCCCUUUGGUGAUAUGGUACCAAGUUCAUAUAUCCAAAAUGCCUCUUUGUUCAACAGCAUCUUGCUCCAAUCGCUGCCUCUUUUCGGUAAUAGUAUAUGAUCAAUACCAACAAACUUAAGUGAUAACGCGUGGCCAAUUUGUAAAAAAAAUUUGUUACCGGUUUGUCUGAUGUGCCAUCCCUAUAGGCUAGUCUGAUGCUAGACCUAUGGUCCCUAAUUCGCUCACAAAAGGCUGUUUCAGUUUUUCCUAUAUAGGGAAGGCCGCACGUGCAAGUUAAUGUAUAAACUACAUGCGUUGUCUUGCAUGUGAUGGUAGAUUUUAUCAGAUAUUUUUUUAUUAGUGUGGGGAUGGUUAAAUGACUUGGCUGGUAACAUAUGGCCGCUAGUGACACAACCCAAACAACGCACUGACCCGCGAUUCUGUAUUCCUGUAUCUUGUGGGUAACUAUUUAUAGGAUCCAUGUGUACGAGAAAGUCUUUAAGAUUUCUAUUUUUUUUGUAACAGAAGAGUGGUGUUUCUUUAAAGACUUUGGGAAGCGUAUCGUCCUUUGCGAUCAUUCUCCAAUUGCGUAGAACUGUAGUAGCAAUCUGUGGGGUCACCUGAUUAAAUUCCAUUGGGAAAAAACUAAUCUUGACGGACCAUCUUCUUUCAUCUUGAAGGAGGCACUACGUACUUCUUUAAACGCUUUAUGUAGAACAUGGUCCCUAUAGCCUCUCUCCAAAAACUUAGUGGUCAUCUCCGGUAACUGGAGUUCUACAGUUUCAUUAUUUGAGUUGUUUCUAAAAACCCGCAUAUACUGUGCCUUCGAAAGGGAAUUCUUCAAAGCCCUAGGAUGAGCGCUUUGAUAAUGUAGCAAUGUAUUGCGGUCUGUGGAUUUAGAGAAGAGGCUUUUUAUAUAUAUAUAUAUAUAUAUAUAUAUAUAUAUAUAUUAUUUUUUAUUUUUUAAAAUAUAUUUUAUUUGUUUUCUCACAUGGUACGAUUAAUGUACACCCUGUUCCAAAUUAUUAUGCAAAUUCUAUUUAAGUGGCACAAAGAUUAAAUAUUUAGUUUUUCUGUUUAACUCAUGGAUGGCAUUGUGUCUCAGGGCUCUUUUGAUCAUUGAAAAAAAAUCUCACCUGUGAUAAUUAGAUUGCCAGGUGAGCCCAAUUUAAGGAAAAACUACUAAAGGAGGGUGUUCCACAUUAUUAAGCAGAGCACCAUUUUCAUGCAAUAUGGGGAAGAAAAAGGAUCUCUCUGCUGCCGAAAAGAGUGAAAUAGUUCAAUGCCUUUGGACUAGGUAUGAAAGAUUAGAUAAACUUAAGCGUGAUUAUCGCACUAUUAAGAGAUUUGUGGCUGAUUCAGAGCACAGACGGGUUUGUGCAGAUAAAGGCACAUUGAGGAAGAUUUCUGCCAGAUCCAUGCAUCGGAUCAAGAGAGCAGCUGUUAAAAUACCAUUACAUAACAGCAAACAGAUAUUUGAAGCUGCUGUUGCCUCUGGAGUCCCACAGACAUCAAGGUGUAGAGUCCUCCAGAGUCUUGCAACUGUGUAUAAACCUUCUAUUCGGCCACCACUAACCAAUGCUCACAAGUAGAAACGGCUGCAUUGGGCAGAAAAAUACAUGAAGACUAAUUUUUAAACAGUCCUGUUCACUGAUGAGUGCCGUACAACCCUGGAUGGUCCAGAUGGAUGGAGUAGUGGAUGGUUGGUGGACGGCCACCCUGUUUCAACAAGGCUGCGACGUCAGCAAGGCGGUAGUGGAGUCAUGUUUUGGGCUGGAAUCAUGGGAAUAGAGCUGGUCGGCCCCUUUAGGGUCCCCGAAGGUGUAAAAAUGACCUCUGCAAAGUAUGUGGAGUUUCUGACUGACCACUUUCUUCCCUGGUACAGAAGGAAGAACUAUGCUUUCCGUAAUAAAAUCAUCUUCAUGCAUGACAAUGCACCAUCACAUGCUGCAAAGAAUACCUCUGCAUCAAUGGCUGCUAUGGGGAUAAAAGGAGAGAAAGUCAUGGUGUGGCCUCCAUCCUCCCCUGACCUCAAUCCUAUUGAGAACCUUUGGAGCAUCCUUAAGCAAAAGAUCUAUGAGGGUGGGAGGCAGUUUACAUCCAAAGAGCAGCUCUGGGAGGCUAUUCUGACAUCUUGCAAACAAAUACAAACAUAAACUGUCCAAAAACUCACAAGUUCAAUGGAUGCAAGACUUGUGAAGCUGCUAUCAAAUAAGGGGUCCUAUGGUAAAAUGUAACGUGACCUGUUAAAAUGUUUAAAAAGUUAAAAUGUUGUUAUAAGUUUGAUUGCAAUAGCUUUUGAUUUCAGUAAAUAUGCUGCAAACACAACAAAUGACAAUUUUCAGUUCUUUACAACCUAUAAAGUGUUUUGAAACUUACUGUGCGUAAUAAUUUGGAAAAGUGCAUUGUACGUUUGUUGUUUUUUUUAAAAAAAAUACUGUUAUCAUUAGGAGGUUUGUUUAAUAAAAUUUGAAUUGUACUCUUAAUAGUUGAUAACAUGAGAAUUGUGCUGGCUGUUAUUUACAUCAAUUAUUUAGGUAAAUGAGAAAAAUAUUAUUUGCAUAAUAAUUUGCAACAGGGUGUAUACUUACAAUAGAGUGAGCAGACUAACCGCUCUUUGUAUCAAGCCUGGGUUGUACAAUCCCCAAUAAAGAUUUCUUUGGUUGGUUGUCUGCAGUAGGUGAUUGGUCCAGAUGUCAAGUAAAAGUAAAAAAAUAAAUAAGUUCUACAAAUAUAUGGUUAAAAGGCAGGUACUGAGGUAGCCAAAAUACUUUAUUUAACAACAGCAUAGAAAACACAACGCGUUUCUCCCUUUAGGGCUUUCUUAAUUGUAGUUGCACUAAGGCCACUAUGUUGAUAUCGUGUGUGUUGUGUUACAGUAUCUUCACAUUCAUUGCUGCUACAGAACCGAUUAAAUGGUUUUGCAGAUUAUGAACCUAAUUGGAGAAGGGACAUGAUAGUCUUCAAAACUAAUCAACUUCCAUUUUUAGUUCGGACACAACACCACUCCUGAAUGGGUCGAGCCAGGAUCACAUGUUUGAAACUAUGGCUGUGGAAAUAGAACAACUACUGACAAAGGUACUUGUAUGCCAAAUAUGCUACUUCAAGGGACAUACUGUGUGGGGGCCCUCAUCAAAUAUCAUUUUUGUUAGCUUCUUAACAUAUAAGGUUAAUGCAGCCAUCCCAUGGCUCUUUAGACCAUAAAAGCAGUUUAUGACGCGUGUGGUUUUUUUGUGCAUGUUAACACUGAAGCCAAGGCCAGAGCAACCAUAAGGUGGCCGCCUUAGGGCAAACCAGCCUGGAGGCGUAAAGUCCUGGUGAUUGACAGGAGGGGAGAGCUCACAGCGCUCCCCCUCUGGCUAGUCACUUAAUGUAGUAUGGCUGGGUGGACUGAGGUAAAGGAUUUUCUUUAUCCUCUACCUUGUUUGACAGGAAGCUGCUCUCUGAGAGCACUGAAAUGCUUUCUGUCAGACUGGGUAGAGAAUACAGAAGCUUCUUUUCCGAGGUCUGUUCACCCACCCUACAAAGGAUAUAAGCUGGCACUGCAGAAUGGCAGAAGGGGGGAAUAGCUAGACAAACCACUGGCGAGGAGUUGAGUUAAAGAGACAGACAAAAGGGGCGGGGUAAGGGGAAAAGGUGCUGAAGGGAAAUGGGAAAAGGUGAUGAGGUCAAGGGGGGAAAGAAACGCACAAGUAGGGCUGGUGGGAAAGAGAGACACAGAGGGGCAUGGAAAGGUAAGAAAGAAGCUCAUAAAGUAGUUGGGGAAGGUGAGAAAGAAACUCAUUGGCUGGGGGGGUGACACACAAAGGGGCUGGGAGAGAGAUAGAGACCUACAAAAAGGUCUGGGAAGGAGAAAAGAGACAUACAAAGGGGGCUGAGGGAGAAGGAUGCACACAAAAGGGGAGAAUAGCAGACACAAAGGAAUUGGUGGAGUAGGAGAUACAGAGAGGGGUUAGGGGGAAAAGGAGACACACAAAGGGUCUCAGGGAAUAAAGAAACAUAAAAGGGCUGGCGAGAACAUAAGAGACACACAAAGGGAAGUUGUAAUAGACACAUAAGGGGGUGCAAGACACACAAAUGGGAAAAAUUGAUACACUAAAGGAGGUGUGAAGUUCAAGAGGGGAUUUAAGAGACAGGUGAAGAUGCAUUUUUGGAGGGUGGAGGGGUGACAAAAUACACCUUUGCCUGUGUAGCUAAAAACCCUUGCACCGGCCUUGACUGAACCCAUAUGCCCAACUUCAGUUAGCGAAGAAGCUUUAGGAAUACACAACAUUGAAAGCAAAUAUAAAAUGUCAGAUAUCUCAUAUUGAGAGUAGUAUUUUCAAACCCAGUCCCUGCUGAACUUAAGUGUAUAAAUACUGAUAAACAUUACUUAAAAAAAUUCUUCCAGAUUCAUAGUAUUCUUAUAGGCCACACAUUAACAGAUCUACUGCAGUAGUUAUGGGAAGAGAUUGCAGCUGCACAUAGAAAUAACAGAUCUGACAGGGACACCCUGUAAUACUUUUUCUUUUUUAACAUAUCUGGCAUACCCUGUGACAUUUAUCCUAUCACUACCAAUCAUGUAGAGCUGUCAGAAGGGUGAGGCACUCGCCGCAGCUGUGAGGGGUCACAGCAGCAGCCAUGCUUGCACAGGAAUGUGUGAGCUGUGCAGCCACACAAGGCGGCAUGGCAACAGGGGUGGAAUACUGCCCCCAUUUUAUUUUUUUAUAUAAAUAUUACUGGAUCGGCAAUAUAUUAAAUCAAAAUGUUUCACUUAGGUCUGGUGGUGUAACGCAUUGUGUGUACAUGCCGCUAGUACAGACCAUCAUGUCCUCUUCUUCGCAGUUCCGGCACACACUUAGUGAGUCAGAGCAUCGGCUGGGUAUCCACUUAGCUGUGUUCUGACUCAAAUUAUAUGCUGAAAUUGCGAGAGAGGGCAUGAUGGUCUGUACUAGUGGCAUGUGCACACAAUGCAGCCAGUAUUUAAAUAGAAAGGUCAACUAUAAAGCACAAUUCAGUUGCAUGUGAUCAGAUUGUGAAAUUAUUUGAUAAUCACAUCAUGCUUUAAAGUGACACUAUAGUCACCAUAACAAUUACAGAUUAAUGCAGUUCUGGUGAAUAUAAUCAUUGCAUUCAGGCAUUUUCAUGGAAACACUGCCUUUUCAGAAAAAACUCAGUGUUUACAUUGCCCCCUAGGAAUGCCUCCUGUGGCCACUCCUCAGAUGGCCACUGGGGGUGCUUCCUGGGGCAGUGCUGCACAGCCGUUCAACGUCUCCACGCUCUGCUUGGAGACGCUGAAAUGUUGUCAUAGAGAUGCAUUGAUUCAUUGCAUCUCUAUGAGGAGAUGGUGUUUGGCCCCACCCCCUCGCCGAUUUCAGGCCAUCCAAUGCUUUAUCUAUGGGAAUGCAUUGGAUUGGCUAAAAAUCAUAAAUUCUGAUGCCACCAAUAAGGCAGAUUGGGGGCUGGGCCAGCGCAGGCAGACCCGGGUGGAGCUGGAAAUAAGGUAUGUUUUAAUCCCCUGUAAGGGAAUAAAGGGGGGGCAAGCCACCUAAAUGGUGGGUUUUACACUAUAGGGUCAGGAAUAGGUUUGUGUUCCUGACCCUAUAGUGUUCCUUUAAUAUUGAAAUUGAUUUUGGUUUGAAAUGUUCAGGAGACUAUUACAUCUAACUAAACAAGAUGAUCAUCUUUUAGAGGAAGCAUUGUUUGUUGGGGGUCAGUGAUUCCUAAAUCCAUUUUGUGUUUAAGUACUCUAAGUUAAGUUACUCAAGUUAGGGCAAAUUGCAUUUUUACAAAAGCCCAAUUUUAUUUUUGGUUCUAAUGCCAACUGGAGGCUUGAUCAUAAUAAUUAGUAAAUCUUUUCUGGCGUGCUGACACUUUAUUAAUUUAUUUGUGACUGUAUACCUGCACCUUAAUGUGUAUAUAUUAGUUUGACAAUUAUUGCUUACAACUUUAGUUUGUUUAAUGCUAUUAUACUUAUAUUGCAAUUACAAGUUUAAAGGGACAAUGUAGCCACCCAGACCCCUUCACCUAAAUAAAAUCUGGGUGUUAUGUCCCAGUCUGUUUAACCCUGCAUUGUAAAAAAUUGCUGAUCUGCAGGAAAAUCAAUGUUUACAUUGCAGGGUUUAAAUGCCUCUAGUGACUGUCACUCUGACAGUCACUAGAGGCGCUUCUUCUGAAAUAACAGAGUAAAACCUAGUUAUUGCUAUCAGAUACUGUAGUUUAAUUUCCUAUGGAAAAGUAUUGGAUUGGCUGAGAUCAUCAGUUUUGAUGAUCUCAACAAUUUAAGGCAGGACAGGAUCUCAACCCCUGCUUAGCAAACUCAGCCAAUCAUAGAGGGAUGCAGGGAUAUGAAUACUUGUAUGUAUUACCGCUCAUUGAAAAGUAUAGGAAAGUUGCGCUAGUGUAGCCUCUUAUUGUUUUUUUUUACCCCCUGACACAUACUUAAAAUAUGAAGUUCUGUGAAAAGAAGGGAGGUCUUGCAUUGGCUGCAGGUAGCAUGUCUGUAGCUUUUGCAAGCUGUUUUUCUUUCCUACACACUUAAAGAAAAUAUGCACAAAUGACUUAAACAUAUCAAUACAUAACACAUUUGCUUGCAAGUACACAAUAAUGAAUGUUUAUUUAAUCAUACAUUUUUUAAUUUCAUAAAACUGUCCAGUCCAAUGUCGAAGGACAAAAAUAAGCACUACUAAGUUUCUUUGUUACUUUGUUCACUCCUACGCUGCAAGAUCUUAACGCUCAGAAACUUUUUUCUUUUUCUUUUUUCUUUUCAAGCUCACUGGGGUAAACGACAAGAUGGCAGAAUACAGCAGCACAGCUGGCAUGACUUCAGUAAAUGCAGCACUGAUGCACACGUUACAAAGGCACAGAGAUAUUCUGCAGGUAACUUUAUAUGUGUAUUUUAUGUCAUAAAUAUGUUGCUUAAAUUUACACUAUCCCAUUUAUCGCUAUUGUACAUAGGUAAACCUUGCAUCAGAGGUAAAUUGUUUACUGUACAGAUAACAUAAAUUGGAGCCAGAUGCACAUUGCUUUUAUUAUUAUAAAUGCCCAUUGUUUAAAUGUAUUUUUUUCUAAACAUUACAAAAAACUGCAUUUGGGCAUCAACACACGUUUGAUUCCCUCAUCAUCUCCGUUAAAAAAGCACUGUAGUGCCAGGAAAACAAACUAGGUUAUUAGGCCCCCCACUCCCGCUUUGCUGGCGGGUUUAAAUCCCCUUCAGCCACUUACAUUAAUCGGCACUGGUGACCUCUCCCCCUCCGCUGACGUCCCCUCCGAAUGCGCAUUCAAACCACCCGUAGGAAAGCAUUACUCCUAUGGACGUCCAGCGUGUCCUCAGUGCGAUUUUUGCAUUGAGCAUCGCUAAAGGGGCCUCUAGUGGCUGGAUUAACCCUGCAUUGUAAACAUAGCAGUUUUUCUGAAACUAUGUUUUCAGCUGCAGGGUUAAAACUAGGGGGACCUGGCACCCAGACCACUUCAUUGAGCUGAAGUGGUCUGGGUGCCUAUAGCAGUCUUUUAAACAUAAAUAUAUUUGUGUUCUCUGAUUGAGAUAGAUAGAUAUAUAUAUAUAUAUAUAUAUAUAUAUAUAUAUAUAUACAGGGAGUGCAGAAUUAUUAGGCAAGUUGUAUUUUUGAGGAUUAAUUUUAUUAUUGAACAACAACCAUGUUCUCAAUGAACCCAAAAAACUCAUUAAUAUCAAAGCUGAAUAUUUUUGGAAGUAGUUUUUAGUUUGUUUUUAGUUAUAGCUAUGUUAGGGGGAUAUCUGUGUGUGCAGGUGACUAUUACUGUGCAUAAUUAUUAGGCAACUUAACAAAAAACAAAUAUAUACCCAUUUCAAUUAUUUAUUAUUACCAGUGAAACCAAUAUAACAUCUCAACAUUCACAAAUAUACAUUUCUGACAUUCAAAAACAAAACAAAAACAAAUCAGUGACCAAUAUAGCCACCUUUCUUUGCAAGGACACUCAAAAGCCUGCCAUCCAUGGAUUCUGUCAGUGUUUUGAUCUGUUCACCAUCAACAUUGCGUGCAGCAGCAACCACAGCCUCCCAGACACUGUUCAGAGAGGUGUACUGUUUUCCCUCCUUGUAAAUCUCACAUUUGAUGAUGGACCACAGGUUCUCAAUGGGGUUCAGAUCAGGUGAACAAGGAGGCCAUGUCAUUAGAUUUUCUUCUUUUAUACCCUUUCUUGCCAGCCACGCUGUGGAGUACUUGGACGCGUGUGAUGGAGCAUUGUCCUGCAUGAAAAUCAUGUUUUUCUUGAAGGAUGCAGACUUCUUCCUGUACCACUGCUUGAAGAAGGUGUCUUCCAGGAACUGGCAGUAGGACUGGGAGUUGAGCUUGACUCCAUCCUCAACCCGAAAAGGCCCCACAAGCUCAUCUUUGAUGAUACCAGCCCAAACCAGUACUCCACCUCCACCUUGCUGGCGUCUGAGUCGGACUGGAGCUCUCUGCCCUUUACCAAUCCAGCCACGGGCCCAUCCAUCUGGCCCAUCAAGACUCACUCUCAUUUCAUCAGUCCAUAAAACCUUAGAAAAAUCAGUCUUGAGAUAUUUCUUGGCCCAGUCUUGACGUUUCAGCUUGUGUGUCUUGUUCAGUGGUGGUCGUCUUUCAGCCUUUCUUACCUUGGCCAUGUCUCUGAGUAUUGCACACCUUGUGCUUUUGGGCACUCCAGUGAUGUUGCAGCUCUGAAAUAUGGCCAAACUGGUGGCAAGUGGCAUCGUGGCAGCUGCACGCUUGACUUUUCUCAGUUCAUGGGCAGUUAUUUUGCGCCUUGGUUUUUCCACACGCUUCUUGCGACCCUGUUGACUAUUUUGAAUGAAACGCUUGAUUGUUCGAUGAUCACGCUUCAGAAGCUUUGCAAUUUUAAGAGUGCUGCAUCCCUCUGCAAGAUAUCUCACUAUUUUUGACUUUUCUGAGCCUGUCAAGUCCUUCUUUUGACCCAUUUUGCCAAAGGAAAGGAAGUUGCCUAAUAAUUAUGCACACCUGAUAUAGGGUGUUGAUGUCAUUAGACCACACCCCUUCUCAUUACAGAGAUGCACAUCACCUAAUAUGCUUAAUUGGUAGUAGGCUUUCGAGCCUAUACAGCUUGGAGUAAGACAGCAUGCAUAAAGAGGAUGAUGUGGUCAAAAUACUCAUUUGCCCAAUAAUUCUGCACUCCCUGUGUGUGUGUGUGUGUGUGUGUGUAUAUAUAUAUAUAUAUAUAUAUAUAUAUAUAUAAUUUCAUUUGUGGUGUUCUUUGUUUCUAAACUAAUAAUUGCCUGGAAUUCAACAUUUAGGCUAAAAUAGCUGACUUGGAGAAUUUUUUUCAGAAAUUUUUAAUUUAUGACAAAUUUCUCUCUUUACAGUAAAUAACCCUUAGCUUACAUAGCCUUUAAAUUAAAAAAGAAAUUGGAUUAAUGUAUAGAUGAAGAAAAAAAUAGGUUUUAAACUGGACCUGUCAUCGCCACAUUUUAUUAAUUUGUUAAAUGUAAUGCAUUUUGUGCUAAAUAAUGCAAUUUCCAGGGGAGUGUGAAGCCACUAGAUUACAAUUUGGUACAAUUACAAUUUAGGUCUCUAGAAUUUGAAGUAUCAAAUUCCAGUGAAUAACAUUUUGUUUUUCAUAUGCUGCAUUUGUGGUUUGUCGCCAUCCCUUUCCCCAUUACUAGUUGUCCUCCUAGCACAGUCAUUACAAAUUCUCCAUCCAGCCCUAUUCCUUGGCACUGCCAGCAACUCUGUAUCCAGCUCUUGAGCUUAUUUGCAAACCAAUUCUCCUUAUAGGGGAGCAUUGGAAACUAAUGCACAUACACAUUUGAGCAUUGGACACUGGUGUGCAUGCGCUGUGGGCACUGGGUAUAUAUUCACAUGUUUCAAAUAGGAAAGCAUUGAAUUCAGUACUUUCUUAUGAGCUUUUGCAUCAGUGGAGUGGAAGUGCCUCUAGUAGUUCUCAGGAACACAGUCACUAGAGGUGGAUUUAAGCUUGUAAUGUAAACAUUGCAGUUUCAAAAUAAAACUACAGUGUUUUACAUUGCAGGGUUACUACUAACGGACUACUGCACAUAAACCACUUAAUUGAGAUGAAGUGAUCUAGGUGACUUUAAUGGUCCUUUAACCCCUUAAGGACACAUGACGGAAAUAUUCCGUCAUAAUUCCCUUUUGUUCUCGAAGUUGUGUCCUUAAGGGGUUAAAAAGCAACUUCUCUCAAACAUGAGCUAAUAAAUAGGGAACACGAUACUCUCUGUAGAUUUCAGGCUGAAAGUGUGUAAUCACAGUGAAGAUGAAUUGUUGAAAUGUAUUUAGGAUAAAGGGGAAAGAUUAUAAUGACAUUUUCAACUGUGAAUCUGUCAUUUCCAGCCAUUUUACACGCACAUAGAGCUUAGCUGCAUAAGUGUUAUAUGCAGUACUAUAAUUCUCUCUGAUCUGUAAUGCAGUAUUCACCAGUCUGUAGGGAAAUGGUGCAGGAUUUUAGGGAUAUCCCUUCUGUCAAUAUCGAUGGCUUAGUCAUGCAUUCAUCAGUGAAUCAUCCAUUGUGGCUAUUACAGGGCUUUCUACUUAACCAAUAUUGCUUGAGGUCUGGAAAACAGUUGUAUAAAAAGCUAAUGAGCAUAGUAGCAAUAUAGCACAGUCACCGGUAUGCUUGUCUCAUGUAUUUCUUAAUAACAAGCAAUACUGCUGGUUCAUUAAUAGAUGCAAGUGUUUUUCUUACAGGAUUACACGCAUGAAUUCCACAAAACAAAAGCCAACUUCCAGGCAAUUCGAGAAAGAGAAGAUCUCUUGGGAUCAGUACGGAAGGAUAUUGAGUAAGUCCCAAAUUACGUUAGUGAAUAUCUGCUGGAGAGAGUACUGCUUGAUUAUUUAUGAUCCUACAUGCUUCUUAUCAUCUGUUUCUUUUUGCUGUUUGUGAAAAUAUUUUGUUAUCUAGCCAACAUUUUGAUUUUCUGGCAGGUGUUUUUGAAUGUGUAAUGUACUAUUGGAAAAUACUGUUUUUUUGAGGACAUACACUAGACUAGACAAUGAAUUAUCAAUUCUACAAAAAAUAAAUCUUUAAAAGAAAUUAAAAGAUGCUCAGUUUAACAUUCCCAUAAUUGCUGUAAAACCCCAGGAAAUCUCCAUUACCUUCUUCAAAAACAUUCAUUAAUGCAGUAGUUCCCAGGACCCAGUAUUAACCCCGUCACUGCUGAGCAUUUUUUGAUUGAGAAACAUUAGUAUAACAUUUAUUUGAAGCAAGGGAUGCAUGGCUAGCAAAUGAAACGCAUUGUAACACAGCAAUAUUGUGCAUAGAUUGCCUUGCAGACAAACUUUAAAAUUACAAAUAUGUAAAUUUACAAAUUUUUUGUUAAAAUUAUCUUUAUUUACAAUUCUCUUGCUUUUAGUUCUACAGAUCUUGUAAUUUUAAACACCGCUGCAGUCAUUGGCUGUCUCAAAUCUAAUAGACUAUAUUAAAAUAUUAAUAACCAAGCAUUAAGUCAUCAUAGAGAUGGAAAAUAUUCAUAAAUCCCACUGAUUUAUCAAAUCUUGUCUAUAUAUGCUGUAACGGACCGUUUCUCUCACAAGAGGAUAAAAACCAUUUAGGCGAUAAUCCCCUUUCCCAUAGACCAGCAGCUAUUGCAAUCACCAACCUCCCGAACUCCAAACUGUACGAAUCCCCAACUCACGAACAAGAAAUACACGAACUCUGGAAGCAGCCGAACAGGAAAAGCCAUACGAACGGCUUACACUCCUGGCAGUCAGCACACAAUCCAAUUCCCCCAAUAACGAGACGACACUUCGUUUUGAGGGUUAAGCAGAAUCUCUAGAUUUAUUCACACAGCCUCCUUUUAAGACAUUCUCCCAUGCAAGGGAGGGAUCCACAACAAUUAGUACCCCAGCCAAUAAUGUACCAGUUACCUCCCACACAUCUCCUCCCCUUAGUGUGACACAUAAUCCCAUUAAUACAGACACAAAUUCCCUGGGAUACUGGAUGUACCCCUAAACAUAGGAAUACCCCUUUAAAUGUUACAUCCCCUGGUAGCCCUGAUCUGGGUGAGACACAUAUCCAAAAAUCACCCAGAUCGGACCAGGGGUUCAGGAAUUAUAACGGGUUAAAGUUUUGACCGACUGCAUGGCAAAAGUAUCCGAAAAUAGUUCCAUGUAUUUUGGCCCUGCAGUCGGUCACAGAAAAGGGAAUCAAACACACGAAUCGCCUGGGUUAUGGAGCUUGGGGAGGAUUCGUAUGAAUCCCCCUGUUCGUGGGAUCCUUUCUACCGAACGGCGGGCCGUUCGGUAGUUUCUGCACGAAUUGCUGGAAGUCUGGAGGUCUCAGCGGUGUUUGCUUAGUCGAGUGUCCGAUUUUAGUUCCAGACACUCGACGGCAAAACACCGCUGUUCGGGAGUUUAAGAUGGCCGCCGCCACGUGUUCGUUUCACGAAUGGCGGCCACCCAGAGGACACAACACACAGUACACAUAUUGCCAAUUACCCGUUUGCAACAUUGUUGCAAACGGUAAUUGGAGGCACACUUACUCCCGGGUGGUCUGGUUGUUCGGUAGUUUCACCCAAUAUAAUGAAUGAAGUGAUUCUACCGAACAAUCAGGGAAUGCUGCAUUCACAUAACACUUUACACCGAACACAUAAUAUUAAAUACAGCCUGAAUGCAAUUUGCUACACAGUCUUAAAAAGGCAUUAUUCCUAACAGGCAGAAUAUGUUCACGGAGGGCCCUUAAAGGGCCAGUAGCAGCAAUAUAAAAAUGUCACAUGCCCAAAUAUUGCAUACAAAAGUACGAAUUCACAAGGGGGCCAUAGUCAGAUGGCAGGAGGCUGGCAACCAGGCUUCUCCAGUGCAUAGUGGCGAGGUUGGUUUCGCCACAUAUGCAUUGUUUAUAUUUCUCAUUAUUGACUCUCUUGUUUAUGCAUUGUUCUAUUAUUAUAUGGUAUAGUAUUACUGAAAAUGUUUUUUUUUCUUUUUCUGUUAUGGCAGGUCAUACAAAACAGGGUCUGGAGUUAACAAUAGAAGAACGGAACUUUUCUUGAAAGAACAUGAGCAUUUGCGAAGGUGGGUUUGUUCUUUAGCAUUUUUCUUUUAUCCGUGCCAUUAAUGGGGUUUAUUGCCUAAACAAUGAAUAGCGAUGGGAUGACAAACCAAACUGGAGUUUUUUUUUUUUAUUCAUCAAGUCUAUUUUGGCCUGGACACAUUUUUUUUUUAAUCUGUUAAUCCGUACGAAAUAAACUUUAGUGUUCAACAUGGGUUUAAUAUGAGAUUAAUGAGCGUUGGUAGUAGCCAUCACUAUUAUUCUUUUGCCACCAAGUUAAGUCCCUAACACUAAUGCCUGUUUUCUGUACCUUAGUAUCCUAAUCGGAUUAUAUCUAACCAUAACUCCCUAACACACAACCUGCAUGCCUAAACACUCGCCCCUCCAUUCAACAUUCAAGGCAGAGAAGAGGUUAUCAUCUGCUCUAUAGAUUUUUAGCCUUCUAGCACCUAAUUGCUUCUCAUGAAGUGAUAGUGCCCAGUAGGCUGAAGAAGCAGCUGUGCAUGCAGAGCAAAAGGUUCAUGAGCAAACUACAGGUUCAGCAAGUUUAAGAAUAGAACUCAUUAAAACACAAAGGACUUCCUAGAAAGUAAUAGGUCAUCACAAAUGCACAGCAUCUAUGUUUAUAACUGCUUAUCCUAUGUGAAAGCAAAUGGCUUUCAGUCUCUUCUGUUACCUGUAGUUUACCACCUGCCAAGCAUUGUUCUCCGUGUGCCUUUUUUCAAUGUGGGAAAUGUUCAUGUAAAGUAUUAUUUUAUAUAAAAUAGAUUCAGAAAUUAUUUUCAUUUCAUAAAAAAAUAAAAUGCUUUCAAGAUUAUUUUGUUUAGCUUUGUUAUUUAUUUAUUUUUUGCUUAUUUUGUUAUUUGUGACUUUAUACUGUGAGAUAUUGCUCUUAAAUUAUUGACCAGUGUUUUUGUUUCUUUCUGUCAUCAACUUUUUAUUCUGGAAAGCCAAUGGUAUGAUGGAACCUUGUCUGGGUGUUAAAACUAUUAAAUCGAUCUGCUAUUAUAUUGUUGGUUAUUCUGUGCCAUACUUCUGAGCCUAAUCUUUCAUGUUGAGCAACAAACGCAUUAAUUUGGGCUGAGGUUUAAUUGAUAUUUCUAGAUCAUAGUACCAUACAAUUGAAAAAAGGGUCUAGUCAUUUAAUUCCAGUUGCUUCCAAAAUUGUGUACAUCAAUAAUUUUUGAUGGCUCCACCUAACUGAAAUCUAUAACUGGUAUACUUUCUGCUAAAGGUAGUUCUUGAUAUUACCUCCAGGGUGCAGCAUUUAGUUUUCUGUUGUACUCUUAUGUUCUGAUGUGUUGGGCCUCAUUAUUUUCUGCAGUCUUGCAAGCUGUCCAGUAGUGCUCUGAAAGCAAUUCCAGGUAAUUAAAAUACAGCUUGUUAAGUUAAAGUAGCUGAAGUGUAUCACAGGACUAUUUCUCUGCUGAGUCCCAGUCUGGGGCAGAGACACUUUUUAUGAUAGCAGAAGUCUGAAUUAAAAUGAAAUGUUUAGGCUGCAAAUGUUGUCAUUCUUCCAUAAUAGAUAUUACUAAAGAGUUUGAUGAAAUAUAAAAUGUGUAUGCUGCCUCUUUUAAAGUAUAACCAAUCUGCUUUGCCCAUCUAUCUAUCAUUGGCAAAUUGAAUGGUCGCUCAAAGUACCAUAUAUCGGUGUUUUUUUUUGUUGCUGUUUCCCAGUAUGAGUUGGUCUGAUAUAGAGGGCGUUCACAUUUCCGCAUUAUCAUACCAACUCAUACUACGUUUUAGUGAAAUUUGUUGGAUUAGAGCCAGCAGGUGACCAUCUAAGCUAAAGGACCACUGUAGGCACCCAGACCACUUCAGCUCAAUGAAGUGGUCUGGGUGCCAGGUCCCUCUAGUUUUAACCCUGCAGCUGAAAAUAUAGCAGUUUCAGAGAAACUGCUAUGUUUACACUGCAGGGUUAAUCCAGCCUUUAGUGUCUGUCUCCCUGACAGCCACUAGAGGCGCUUCCGCGAUUUACACUAAGUAAAUUGCACUUAUUUGAGGCUUGACGUCCUUACAGAGUCCAGCGUCAAAAAAGAUCCCCAUAGGAAAGCAUUGAAUAAUGCUUUCCUACGGGCGGGUUUGAAUGCGCGCCCCUCUGGCCGCAUAUGCGCAUUCGGCUCCACUCGGGAGCUGAAGUUGGCGAGGCAGAAGAGGUCACCAGCGUCGAGGGAGCCCGGCGCUGGCUUAAGAUAAAUGUUUGAAGAUCUUUUAACCCACUAAAUGCCACGGGAUUGGGCCCCCGAGGGAGGGGGGCUCUCCAAGAGCCUAUAGUGCCAGGAAAACAGUUUUUUUUUUUUUUUCUGGCACCAUAGGAUCCCUUUAAUACUGUUUAAACCUGGUAUGAGUUGGUAUGAUAAUGUGGAAGUAUGAACUUCCACUCUAUCAGAAGUAUUCUGGGUGCUGGUCACUGCAAAGUAAGUGUCAAACCAUUCAUAAACAUUUGACCGAUUACCAAUUAAUGUCACCUUGUGGCUCCUGACACCAUAACCUUUACGGCGCACUUUUAUGUUUAUGGUGCUUGGUGUUCUUUAAGUGCAUUCUAUCAAGAUCCAGGCAUGGUGUGGUCAUAAUUUUAUUUAAUUAGUCUGUAUCACUUAUAUAGUUAAUAUUGCUAAUCACUCACGUUGGGUUAUUGUAUAGUAUUGUUUAGUUUUGUUUUGCUGUGGCUUCAUUUCUUAAUGAUUUCUGUGAAUUCUUAAGAAACCUGUCCAUAAAUAAAUCAUUUGAGCUAUUUAUCUCUGUGCUUCCCUGAGCUGUUCAUGCAUUUCUUAUCUAUAAAGUCAUGACAAAUCACACUUUACAAAUUAUUGCUGCAUUCACACUCCACUGAAAUGUCAGAUCUCAGUUUUAGAUUGUUCUCAUGCAGUUUCUGAUAUAAAAUUAAACAAUAACCUUUAUCUUUCAUCUUUAUACCUACUGAUUGUUUUCCUGGCACUGGAGUUUCCCUUUAAAGCACUUUAGUUUGCUAAGGUGCUUUGUGUGUGAAGAGUGUGUCGUUUUUGUAAAAUGAAAAAAAUAAAAUAAAAAAUAAAAGGUGCAGAUUUCAAUUGAAGUUGGCACUUUUAUAAAUUAACCUUGUUACACCCCACCUGGCUGAAGUCAGGUUAAAAUGUUGCCGGUUCCACACUGGUGGAAUAAAUCUCUUUAUUUUGGUGUUUUGUCUCCUUAUUGUUUCUCUUUCCCACCUAGCUGUCAGUCAGACAACCAGUUCGAUAACAUUCUGGUUGUUUAGCUCACUGGAGCUAAACUAAAGAGGCAGCAAUUGCCCAGAGCUCCUGCCUUGCAAAUACUUAAUUGAACUGCUUUGGGAAGUCUGUAAUUGGACAGCAAUAGAACGUCUAGUAGGGGAGGACUGGCUAAGGCUGCAGACGAGAUCCUUAACUUUUGCAAACUGUUUUAGAUAUACCCACAGUGAAAAGAAAAUGCACAAUUAAAGACAAGCAUGUUUUCAUUGAGGGUAUAACUACUAAAGAGUGUUUUCUAUUUUAUUUUUUUGUUUAGGGAAGGUGAAGUAUUCCUUUAAUUUACACAAUAUAACAGAAUAUUUUCUAUUUAGAUAUUCUGAUGUCCCUGGUGGGUUUGUUUCUUGUGUUUGGAGAUUUAGUCUUCUUUCUAGCAAAAGUCUGAAAAUAUAGGUAAAAUAGAAAAUCAUUGUUAGGUCUGUACUAACUGCAUGCUUUACAAUAGUUAUUCACUGUGUAUAGCACUAUGUAUGGGAUUCCACUUGUGGUGUUGAUCUCAGAUCCUCUGUCUAUACUGUAUUCUGUAUCUUUCCAUUCACUUUGUUGCAUUGAUGACGGUCUUUGAUGUUGUGGUAAAUCUGUUUGAUUAAUGACUUUGUUGGAGGGUUAUAUAUUAACUGUAAAACACAAUCUGCCCUAUAUUUCCGGAUAUCUUUUGACGUGAUACUUUUUUGGUAGUUUUCACAUUGCGCGUGUUUUCACAUUUGCCAGAUGUCGAAUUUAUACAUAGGAUAAGGAAAUAUGCACAUUUCAUCUGCAACUGUCUGUUAGGCAUUCAUUUUCAAACCUUGAUAAAAUGUAUUUUUAACUCUUCAGUUUCUUAUUUUCUUUAUAGACCACCAAGCCUGUACAGCAUAAUUCACAGUGUGAUUUGCAAUAUAAUACUAAUUUAUAAGGCUUGAUGAAGGGUGAAAUAGGGAUUACUUUAUUGUGCACAACCACGCAUAUUUGUACAUCCCCCAACAAGGGCCAUUCACUUGAACGAUGUAAACCUGCCCCGAGACCUUGCUCAAGUCAAGUAAGGGUUGAUUCAGUUAGCUACCAGACAUUCUGGCGUCUUUUGUUUUUACCUCAAAACACAUUGUUCCUCACAAAUAGCACCUAAACCUAAUACAUCUCUGGAUAACUCUGGACCUCAGCCACAAACUGUCCAAACAGUGCCCAGAUCGGAGGUACCCUGCCCGAGCGAUAACAUUGUAAAGUUUGACUGGAUUACAGCCAUCCUCGAUCCAGCUCCGAGUUCCAUGCUUCUGCGUAGUUGGUCUUGAUAUUGGAGAAGUUGUUCCUGGAGCCUUAGGGAAAGUAGCUCCCUCAAGUCCACGGUAUGCCUGGAUGCCUCCUCAUCUUCCCAAUAUCCUUAAUUUUAGUUUCUCCCUAUGACCGCAGCACACAUGCAUACCCAGAAACAAACGUAUUAAGUUACUCUCUGGCAUUUGUAAACCAGGCAUGAUAAAAAUGUAUAUAAAUAAUAAUUAUGGAAGGAAAAUGGGCAUGCAUACCAUUGACUUUGGCAAGGACAGCAAUACCAGUGAAUCUUAUUACCCACUGACUGAUAAAACCUAUAUAUUUUUUUUUUUUAUUCUUUAUUUUCAGUUGUGCAUGAGAUAACAGACAAUGCUUAUAGUGUCACGACAACACUAGCAAGCUGAAUAAGGCUUAGUUAUACAUGACAUUUGAGUUGACUGCACAUUUUUAUGAAUAAAACCUAUAUUUAAACUUCUUUGAAAUAUAUGUAAUUUUAUGUUUUCAUAAACAAAAUCUGUGUAACAUACAGCUAACUUAGAUAAGUAUGUCUAAUUGGAUUUUUGUUGCAUGUAAUAUCUUCAAUAUGGCAUUCUAGUCUUAAUCUGCAUAUUGUUUUUUAUUUUUUUCUCUACUGAUCUAUUUGCAUUAUAGUAUUUUUGAGUGUCUGUCAUAACACCAGCUUUUACUAUAUCCUCGUUAAUGGACUAAAAGUGUCUUCUCAAGCCUGCUGACAUAACUGACAAUGUGAGUAAUCAAUACACAUUGAUCUUCAGUUUUUAUUUAAAAACUGUUUGUUGAAAACUGCUUUUAUUUUAAAACAGUUGGAGAAAUGUCCUUUAAUGUUAGGUGAUUGUUUAAAAUUGAUAUGUUAUAACCCAUUUUACUGGCAUGGUUUGUUAGCAGUAGAACAGGAGCUUUAUACUUUAUAAAGUAUUUUACAUUACAUAGUUACAUAGCUGAAAAGAAACAUAUGUCCAUCAAGUUCAGCCUUUCUCAAAUCUUUUUUGCUGUUGAUCCAAAAGAAGGCAAAACCCCCCAGUUUGAAGCACUUUCCAAUUUUCCAACAAACUAGGUAAAAAGAAAUCCAUCUUUACCACAAAAACCCUGAAAAUUAAGUCUUUGCAAGUAUUAAUGCAGUUGCUGUUUAAACAUCUGUACAGACUGAUAAAACCACCUCAUUGGGUCGACUAUUUCACAUCCUUGCUGUUCUUCCUGAAAAAAAACCUCUUCCUUUGCCUUAGACUAAAUCUCUUUUCUUCCAGUCUAAAUAUUUACCUCGUGCCCUAUGCAUAGUCCUGUUUAUGAAUCGAUUUCCAGACAAUAUAUUUGUUUAAUGCUAUCAUAUCCCCUCUGAGGCGCCAUUUUUCUAAACUAAACAGAUUUAAAUUUGUUAACCUUUCAUCAUAACUAAAAUGUUCCAUUCCCUUUACUAAUUUUGUAGCCAUCCUCUGCACUUUUUCUAGUGCUUAAUAUCCUUCUUUAGAACAGGUGCCCAGAAUUGCACAGCAUAUUUAAGGUGUGGUCUUACCAUUGAUUUAUAAAGAGGCAACAUUAUAUAUAUUUAUUUAUUUUUAAAAAUAAUUUAUUGAGCAUCAGUAUAAAAUACAGCGGUUGGUACAAAUAUGCAUUAAUGUGGAUUUACAUAAGUUUGAAUAUUGAUUGAAUAAAACAUUUACAGGAAUUGUAACUCUGACAUACUUAAAUGUGAGAUUCAACAUGGCUUACUGGGGUCAUAUACAUACAUAAUGGUGGGUGCCCUUCUUUCUCAUUCCCCUUUGGAAGGUUGACCCUCGUUAUGUAGGUCCCGUGAGUAUCGUGGUCUGUACGCCUCUGUGAAGGUGGUGCCUGGAGUCGAACCCAGGUUGUGCUGCCCUGUGUAUUGGGUGAUGUGUGGCACAAAAAUUUCGGAUCUCUGUAAGGGUUUCACCUGUGUCACCUCCGGGUAGUCCCUGGCGACUUUGUCCCUUCCCAACUAAUGGGCACUACCUUUGUAGGAAGUCUAGCCAGGGAGCCCAGAUGGCUGUGUAUUUACUUGAGGGUAAAGGAGUAUGAUAGUUCUUCCAGUGUUCUGAUGGUGUCUAGUCUACCUAUCCAUUCUCUAAUGGAGGGGGCUGUGGUUCCACUUCGUGGUUAAUCAAUAUGCGCUGGUGUUUGGCCAAGGAUAAGCAUGAAGAGCAUGGCUCUAGGUUCCCGAGGGAGUUUAAUUCCUGUAAUCGUGUGGAUAAGGUCAGCUAUCUCUUUCCAGUAAUCUUGAAUUACGGGGCAUAACAACCAUAUGCGACCUGUGGGCAACAUACUAUUUAUUCUUGGGAUGAAAAUAUACUUUUCUUUUCUUUUUUUAUUAUACAUGACAAUACCUUACUAGCCAUAGCAACUGCUAAUUGACAUUGCACAAUGUUGCCUAGUUUGUUGGCUAUAACAAUUUCCAAAUCCUGUUGUUAUCCCUAAUUCACUACCAUUUACUGUGUAAAUUGAUUCUGCAUUCUUUACUACGAAGUGCAUAACAUUGCAUUUUUCUACAUUAAAUUUCGUCUGCCAUUUGAGUGCACAUUUCCUCAAUCUAGCUAAAUCCCUCUGCAACAAAGUAAUAUCUUGCUCACAUUGUAUUACUUUACAGAGUUUUGUAUCAUGUGCAAACACUGAAACAUGGCUUUCAAUGGCAUUUACAUGCAUGUUAAAGCGGCACUGUCAUGCCGAACUUACCUUUCCCCAAUCGAUUCCUCUUCUCUCCCUCUCUCAGGAUCUGUUAUUCAUUUCUUCCUGUCUGCUCUAGUUUUCUUUAAAACUUAAGAAAAAGUAGGGACUAUUUCUCUUAUGGAGGUUUCCUACGCAGUGACCAGCGGAGGAGCAAAGUGUGCUUCGUUUCUGGUGGUCACAGCAAUUUUCCCAUAAUCCUUACUUUUCCUCCCUGUUCCCGCGAUGCUUCCUGUCACUUAGACAGGACUCCGGCAAAACUGCCGAAUUGCGUUCUAACAGUUUCUCUAUUCGUGUUAGAACGCAAUUCAGGACUUUGUUCGUAUCGGAAUUUCAUUCGAAUUAAUUAAACUCCAAUCCUAUUCAUUGCCGUGGCUGCAUCUUGCAGCCGCUUAGUAGAUAACCCCCUAAUUCCCACGGUAUUAGGGAGCUAUCUACUAAAAGGCUGUAAGACCUAAAUUGGUCUUUCAUCCAAAUUUACUAAUACUAAGUAAAGAUUACUUAGUAUUAGUAAAUUAUGCCCCUACUCGCUAUACUAUUAAACAGUGAGCAACCUCUGGCUCAAACCCCCCCAAACACCUACUUACCGCCCCCCCGCGUGCGGCGUGUGGGGGCCCCCUAAAUAACAAUAAGGGGCGGUGAGGGGUUAAAAAAAACAACCAACGGAAAUCGUCCAUGACAGUGCCGCUUUAAAUAGAAACAGUCCUAGAACUGAACCCUGCAGGGACACCACUUACCACCAGCUUGAAAAUUUACCAUUAAUGACUUCUUGUUGUACUCUAUCUUUAGACCAAUGUUCUACCAAAGGACAAGAAUUUUCAUCUAGAACAAUUUUCUUUAGUUUGAACACUAACCUGUUGUGUGCACUGAUCAAAGUAGAUCACAUCCACUGCAACAUCCUUAACUAGCCUUCUACUUACUUCUUCGUAGAAUGCAAUAAGUCUAGUUUGACAUGACCUAUGUUUCAUAAAACCGUGCUGAUUAUGCUAGUUGCAUUCCGUAGGGGUUCUGGUCCGUCCAUAUUGGCAAUCUGCAUUUGCUGCAGAUUUGUUGUCUGCACGAAGAUGCUUCAGAUUACCCAACCCACCCCGAUCAUGAAUAUGCUGUAUUGGACUGGAACACUGAACUCAUUGUCAUGUCAUAAUUCCAGCAUGAGAUGACCUGUGAAUGAUGAAUGACCUGACUGAUGAAUUUUAGUACAAGAGUGAAAACGUAAUAUUUGACAUUGCAAGCGAGCACGUUCGGACGUCACAUGAUCGCUAACUGGAUAGUUACAGUCCUCUUAGGGCAAUUUAAACUCUCUUUUUGCAUUUGUACAGUGCCCUGUCUUGGUUUCCAUUCUGACUAUCCGAGAGUGCAUUUCUUCUAUUGUUUCUGAUUUUUUAAAAUUUAUUUAUUUAUUUUUACUAUUUGCUUGUACUUUAACUAUUCUGACUUCUAUUUUCCUGACCUCGACUUGUCCUGUUUUUCUAUUAUUAAUGUUAAAUCUGGCCAUUCUAAGGUCCAGUAAUGCCUUUUUAGGAUUUCUGGUUUUAUAUGAUUUGGUCCUUGGGUAUUAGACUAUCCUGACACAGGGUGUAUAAAGAAAGGAAAUCCAAAAUAAAAAAGGCAGGGCUGCUUCAAUACCAGAAGGAAACGUGGUAUACACAUAAUUUGUAGAUUUCAAAGUGUCUUUAUAGGGUUACCUCAAGCGAUAUUCAAUGAUUUGAAGUGGUCUUGACACCUUCACAAAGAACAUGAGGUAAAGUACCCAUAGAGAUUAAAAAAUAACCCAUUAUAAACAACCCAAAAAACGUGAACCUUCAUCAGGGCAAAGGCCCUUCUGUGGGCACUUUACCUCACGUUCUUUGUUCACAUUGGGUGGUAUAUUUUGGUGUCCUGAUAGUAUGAGGAACUAAUACCUCAUCCUUACUUUUUUUCUCCUAUACCUAUCCAGUCUUGUUACCAAGGGGGUUUAUAAAAUUGAAGAUUUCUCACUUUUACAAAAUAAGACACAUUGGGCAUGCUGUUAACUCGUUAAACACAGGUUUGGUUUCCUUUUUGAAUAGAGGUUGAGUUAUGAGAUUUGUUUCAAUUAUAGCCAAUUCAUCAAAUUGCUUACACCCUAUUAUCGUCCAUUUUUUCAUCUUUGCACCAACUCUACCACUAGGUCAUUUCUUUUUUUUAGGAAGCUGUAGUGGGCAUUGCUCUUUAUUUACAUUUAACAGCGCAUGCAGCAUUUCGUCAUAUGAAUGAGAACUCACACAAACAGCUCCCAAUCAUUUAAGGUCAUACAAGUAUUUCUCUCCUUGUAGCGAAUGUCACUGGAGAAGGAUCAGAUCCUGCAGAGUUUUUUUUGUGUGUGUGGUUUUAUUUAUUUAUGCAUUUUCUAAUGUGUUUGAAAAGGGUGAUCUACUCCACUCUGAAGUGUAAAUGACGCAUUGCUGAUUUAUGGACCAAUUUUAAAUGUCUCUUACUGCUAAUGUCUGUCCAUCAGUUUCAUUAGCAUAAUAAACCUUGAAAAUAGAAAAGGUGGCUAGUUAUCAUCUUUAUUAGUCUGUAUGGAGUGGUGAAAAGCACUACAGUCUCCACUAUGAGAUACGCCCAAGAUGUUUCCACGUUUUCCCCCACAUUUGGACAUGUUCCAUAAAGCAGGUAAGAGACUGAGAUCUGUGCUCAAUUUUACCAGAAAUCAAAUUAGCUCAGCAUCCUUCUUAAGUGUUUGUCCAUUUAUGUGUCGGCUGUGGAAAUGAGGGUUAAAUGUACGCCUUACAUUAAACUUUAAACCUGACUGGCUUUCCAUUUAGUACUUUAAUUGCUAAAUAGCUUUACAGCAAGUAUUAGAAAGUUGACUUGGAGAAAGCUUUUCUUAGGAUGUCUAUGUGUAUCUAUCUGUUUAUUGGCAAUAGACGUACUCUGAAAUGGCCAUAAAUUGUGCAAUACUUCUCAAAUUGAUCCGUGUACAUUCAAUUACAAUAAUUAUUAAACUGAAAUUGCAACUUUGUAUAAAACAGAUUUUAUCGUGUGUGAACAUAUGAUUAAAUAUAAAUAGCAUAAAAUAUUUUACCAGAUUCAAUGGUUAGUUGCACUGUUUCUGAUAUUAUCUAAAGGUUCACUUUAGAUAACAUCAGAAAGUGAAUUGAGAACCACAUUGAAAAAUGUAGACAAAAAGUGCUGAUUUUGGUAAUUUGCUCCAACUUGGCUUUAGUGAUUAGUGCUUGUUGGUUUGUUUUUUAACUUACAGCAGACAAAUUAUCCAUACUUUCAGUUGCAAUUUGAUGUAAGCUAAGUUCAAAAAGACAGUACUUUAUACAAUUAUUUAAUGCUUUCCUACGGGAAUUCCUCAUAGCAUGAGGCCGUCCAGCGUCAUGUAGGCGACCAAAAGUCGUCUUAAGACCCCGGAAGUCCCUCUAGUGGCUGUCUGGUUGACAGUCACUAGAGGAGGAGUUAGCCCUAGCAGGUAAUUAUUGCAGUUUCUCAGAAACUGCAAUAAUUACCACUGUAGGGUUAAUGGACAUGCGACAUUGCACCCAGACCAUUUCAAUGAGCUGAAUUGGUAUGGAUCCCUUUUAAGCUACUCUCUCCAUCUAUAGCAAUGCCUCCAUUGUAGACCACCUUGUUGGAGUUGUAGGAUCAAAUUUCAGACAUAAUUUCAGAUUUUCAGUUUUUACAGAUUACUUUAUUAGGCCAGUGUAACUUUUGGGAUAAAAUGUUUUCUCACAUCAUAGCAUACCAUCAUCAAAACAAGACAACUUGGGUUAUUGAAUAUGGGGCAUCGUGAGUCGUAUCAUUUGGUUCUUUCAUAACACAUAUCUGCCAAAUUUGCAGUCAGUUCUUUCACAUACUUAUUGAAUUUUAAUGGUAUCUACAUAUUGUGUGUCCUCUUAUUUUACACACCCAAUAUUUAUAUUCGGCUUCGUCUUGGAGUACAUUGAAAUCCCACACAUGUAUAUGUGCAUGUGUUUAUGGAACUUAUAGGUUCAACUAGCAGACAUGCUUUAAUUUUGACAUGCUUCUUUGCUUACUUCUCAGAGAUGUUGUUUAAUGAAAUGACACUAGUGUCAUCAUAUUGACCAGUGUGAAACUUUGAAACUAAUUCUAACCCUAACCUUUUGGUAAACCUACUCCCACAUUAGGGAUUCCCUUUGCCGAUUGGUCUACAGACAUCAGUUCUGCAGUCUAACUUUGUGAUUGCAGCAGGAAAGGAAGAUCUCCCUCUUCUGCUCCUGAUUGAAUGUCCUCAGUAGCCCUGCUGGUACAUAAAAUACAUGAUGUUCAUGUAUGUUAUUGUACACUUAAAUAUAUUUAUAUAUAUUAAUAUUGAGCACAAUUAACCGGUUUCUUAACUUGGUUAUGUUGGUUAUUUCGACAGAAAAUCCCCAAGCACAUCCUGUACUUUAAAACGGAUUUUAGAUUAAUCUAUUGUCAUACUUUUAUGUGGUUAUAUACCUUUGAAGUGUUCUGUAACAUCAUUUAUACCAAUGAGUCUGUAAUUUAUUCAUAUUAUACUUGUCUGGCUUCUACUUAGCAGUUUCAUAUACAAAAUUAAUGUUUUACUAUACAUAAAUAUGUUUGCCUUAUACACUUGAAUGCCCUAAACGAAUUUUGCUUUAAAUGCUGAGGGCCAUACAGUCUUUUAGGUUCAUAUCCUGAUGGGUCCUCCCAUCUUUUAGCUUUUUUUUUCUUCCAGGGCAGUGCGCGAAUCUUUGUCUGAGAGUGGGAGUAUCUGUUAUUAGCAUCUACUUAUUGGCACUCUCCACCUCCAAACUUUAUAUUACUUCACCCACUGUCAAGGCAGAGACCAUCUCCACAUUCACAAUUAAAAGAAGAUUGGUCAAUAGAUUACCUCAUUAAAACAUUUCACUGCACAAGGAAGAGAAACACAAGCAGCAUUAUUUACUAAACAAUGAUGUAUUUGUUUAAUCUGGAUUUUAAAGGUACUUGCUUUGGCAUCAGAUUAUCAUGUUGUAGUGAGUUUUGGUGACUUUUGUGAGUAUUAAGUCUUUAAGACUUUACAUACUCUUCUAUACUUUAAAAGUAUGUUGCUUGUUCUAAAAACCUUAGAGACACACUAGACGCCUAAGAUCUUAAUCUUGCUGAAUUGCUUUGUGUGACAACAGUGUCCUCUUUUCUUUUUUUUUUUUUUCAUUUUACAAAAUGUCUAGAUUUCAAUAAAAUUGGCACUUUUAUAAGUAAGCUUUGUUAGACCCCCAUGGCUGUCAAUCAGCCAACCAGUUCUGGUCUGUUUAGCUCAAUUGAGCUGAACUCAAGAGAUGAGCAAUUGCUCAGAGAACCUGUCUUGCAAAAACUGCUUAUUUAGCUGCAUUAGAAGGUAUGUGAUUGGACAGCCACAGAAAGUCUGGGCAGGGUUAGAAGGGGAGGGCUUACAAAGGCUGCAGGCAAGAGAGCUGCAGCUUUUGCCAACUGUUUUAGUUAUACCACCAGUGAAUAAAUGCAUAAGGAAAUGCAUGCAUGAUUUCAUAGGGACUAUAUCCAUCUACUAAAGAAUAUUUUUAUUUAUUUUAUUCGGGGAGUGUCCCUUUAAACUUAACUCUUAUAUAUUGAAUUUUUUAAAUGUCAUUGUCCCCUAUGUUGAAACAGAGCGAUUUAAGCAAAACAGUGACUGAAAUACUAAGGCAUCUGGAUAAUCUAUGAUAUAUCCAGGGCAUUCCAGAAAAAUGUUCACCUCCCACCCCCUCCAUCCAGGAAUUGCAAACAGAUCUAUUGGCGUGAAUCCGUAUGUACCAUAAUAUUUAUAUGGUACAUAUGGGAAAAAAUUGCCCUCACCAAUAGUAUAAACUACCAAAGAAGGCUGUUUGAGCCUCCUUGCAUCUUAUUGUGUUAUAGUCCAAUGCCGUUCUUAAAAUAUAAAGAAAAUACUGUUGAAUCUUCUAUGGAUGGCUGAAAAGCUUAAUUCCCUCUCUUUGGCUUUAGCAGUAUGCGCCCACAGCAGUGUCUUUGAGUUGGGAACAUCUGUACAAUGGGGUCCCUCAGUGCCUCCUUGUUAGAUAGAAUAGAAAAAUAAACUUUGACUUGGAAAUCGUGGUUUGAAUUCAUCUUGGGUUUGUUAGACUGUUGUCUUGAGCAUGGAAGAUCUAAAGGGAGAUUGCAGCAUACAGGAUCCGCAAAUGCCAUCUGCACAUCAGAAUAUAUCCAUAUACCCCCCACAAUCCCUCUCCAUUUUUCUCUUGUUUCUUCAGGAAUGCCUUGCUUAGUACAGGUGGGGAGUCUUUAUUAAGCUGAAUUUCCUUGCAUACAAGCUGCUCACACAUUUUGAUGUUUUUAAAAAUGGCUCUUUUAUCAAUAAGCUCAUGGUGGUCUGAAAGGUCACUGUCUGAAUGAGAUCGCCACAGCUUGUUGUGUCUGUUUAUGCUGCAAUAUCAAUAAGAAGCAGAUAAUUAAAUGUUUUCUAUGAAAUCCACAAAAUUAUAAACCACAGACUUUAUAUUGGUUAUAUUAUUUCCAGAAAUGUUCCCCAUUUAGUUCUUAACGUGGAACUGAAUCUAUAGUUAUGCCAUUUUUUUACUAUUUUAUUAUUAUUAUUAUUAUUAUUGGAUUGAUGAUGUUAGAUAGUAAUCUAAAAUUUUGUUUGCGGCAGUCCUCAAAGUACAAUAUGUCCUCAAAGCUGAAAAGUGCUGAAUACUAAAAGUGAGGCUGUUGGCAGGCAACUUUCAGUUCUCAAGGCACUCGGGAACUUUUCAAUUGUAAGCUGGUACAUAGAGUUAUAUAAGGUGCCUUCUUUAUUUGUAUAGUGCAUUGUUCCCUAGGAAAGAAAAUGCUUCGUCCUAUUGCCUUAUCUUGCCAGUACUUGUUGACUUGGUUCCUAAGUAGGCUGUUUUAGAAAGAAGCCUGUUCACCCAAAGGUUAAGUGCAAGCUGUAGAAGGCACAUCAGCAUUCCUAAUUCUGCUGUUGAAUAUGUUACUCUUUUACUUUCAGAGGGGUGAAGGAAUCCAUUAGACUUGUUCCUGGCAUGGUUGGAACAAUUGCGGUUAAUGCUAAUGACUUUCAGUAAUGCCUUCUGCCUAUUUACUUUCACUGUGUAAGGGUCUCCAGCAUAGCAAAUGACACAGUACAGAGCGACCAGCUGUUGCGCUGACAAGGAGAUUUUUCAUUAUUUUAACAGAAGGAAGCUGUUGGAUUGCCAGUGCGUUAAAUGUAUUUUUUAAAAGUUUUUAAAUGUAUCUGACUUGAAGGUGCAUUUAUUUAGUGGACAUGUAAACCGCUAAAGGUGAUUACAUCUUGCAAAAACUUUGUAUCAAAAAGUAAAGAAAAGGCGAAUUAAACAACAACAACAAAAAAAAAACCUCACCGUGGAGAACUAAAUAUUUAGGCUGUGAAAGUUAAUCUUAGCCUUUGAUCAGUGUAACUGUUGCAAAAUUGAUGUGAAACGGUAAGUAGAAAACCAAUAUGUGGUUUGCAAUGUAUCUUCUUAUAUAAAAAAUUUUAAAAAAUUAUUCAGACUUUAUCCGAACUGGACAUAUGUUUGUUUCCUAUAGACAAAGGUCUAUAUUUCUGCUAUUCCUGAACUUUUUAUUUUUUUUUAUUUUGACACAAAGGCAUUUCUGGGAGCAGUGCUUCCCUGACCUUUCCAUUCUGUGUAGACUUUCAUCUACUUUUGUCUUCUCCAAGUAAUACAAGUGAAACAUCCAGUGAGAAUCUUAUGACUAGGCGAUAUUUAGACUGUAAUUGCCAAUUUCCAUAUGUUGUGACAUUUCCUAGUCCCUAAUAGUACAAUAUGUUAACUCUAAUCCCCUUAAUGACUUAUCUUUAAAUGUCUAUUACAUGUGUAUGAUGUGAUAAAAGUGAUGACUUUUGUUAUCUCCCCGCAGUUUUAGCUCACGUUUGUAAUAUGAUAGCUUAAGGCUUUUAGAGGCUGUCGCUUGCACUCUACUGUUGAAUGUGCUUAUACAGGAUUCUGCUUUCCUAUUGAUAUGUGUGUUUGAUUAUAUACUACCAAUAUUUGGUUUAUGGCCAAGUUUCUCGUGGCUCCAGAAUAUGAGCAGAGGAAAAUGAAUCCCAUAACUGAAGUUUAAAGAGACACUCAACUGCCCAAAUAUAACAAAAUAAAAAUCACAUUUUAGUAGAUAUGCCCGCAAUAGAAACACACAUGUAUUUAAUUACGAAGUAGAGUUCCACAGGCGUCACAAUGUGGAACUCUCCUUCUUGUUGUUCCUGGUGGGCUGCUGACCCCCCUGCCCCCCCCCCUCCCCCCCUUUAUUAUUUUGCCGGUGCAGUGUAGGAGUGCAGCAAUUUACACAAACAAAUAGUCCUUUAAUGUAUACUUUGCAGUUGCACUAGCCAAUGUAUAGAUUCCAUUUUAUAACCCACCUGAAACAGAUUUUCAGAUGGCAAGUCCACAUUUAUUUGUUUGACAUGUCUGUUUUAUUGAUGCCCAUAGAUUGGAUUUAUCACUUGGCAUUGUCACAAUAGGCUUUUAAAAAUGAAAAGGGUUAAACGGUUUAGUGUGUGAUCCUUUCUAUAUGGAAAACAACUUUGCUUCUAAGGUUUAAUGGGCUCUCCAUCUCUUCUUCCAUUUGAGUUUAAUCAUUUAUUACAAUUAAGCUGAUAAUUGCUAAAAGGGCAAGUCAUACACUUCUCCUAUGCCAUCUAUCAGAGAAUUAACAACUGUAAUAAAACUACCCCAUAACUGAAAGUCGUCAUUAUCAAAUUAAACUAGCUCACAUGAUGUUUGUGUAACUUGAGCUUGUGUUUAUUCACUCUACAUAUAUCUUUCUGUAUGUUGCUGUUUGUAUCUGAACAAUGGGUAUCUAACUUAAUUAUACAAGAGUGUAGUAUACUGCCUGAUAAAUGGAAUUGACAAUAUUUUACAAUUUGUUAAUGAAGUUGCAUCAGUUACCUGUUGGUUCAUUUAUAAGGUAACUAUUAACCUUUUGCUUUUUGUUUUGCAGUUCUGAUCGUCUGAUAGAAGAAACUAUAAGGUAAGAAUAUUAUUUGAUAAUAAUUGCUUGAUAUCUAAACCAAUGCCCAGUAGAUUGGUCACAAAGCAAAUACUGUUCUUAGUAAGCCAGAAGGGUGGAAAAACCUUAGGCCAGCGACAACAAGGGGCAUAAUUUUACAUGGUAGCAGAUCUCUGAGAGGCCCCACUAGACUUCAUGUCAAAUUACUAGCGAUCUAACUCUAAUUCUGCUUCUUAAUUGAAAGAUAAUAGGCAGACCCAAGAUAAUAUGCAGGCUGAAUAAAGUAGAAUUAUGGUGUGCAAAUUUAACAGUGGAUUAAAAAAUGUUAACCAAUCAUAAAUUAUCUUCGUUGUUCAUGUGUCAGGAGGGGGUUUUGGUGGUUGGACAAAUUAACAUUAUUAACCCUUUACAGGCCAUUGUUUACACCAGGGGUGCCCAAAAGGUAGAUCCUCAAAUGGUUUAAACCUACAGCUUCCAGGCUGUUUUAGAAUUCUAAAGACAUUCUAAAUGUAUGGGAUCAUGGGAAUUGUAUUUCUACAACAUCUGGGGAUCUACCUUUUGGGGACCCCUGGUUUUACACUGUCAUGACAAAUGUUCUUUAGUCACCAGAACAACUAAAUUAAUGUAGUGGUUAUAGUGUCUACUGCCUGUCCCUGCAGGCAUUUUUAUGUAAAUGUUGCCUUUUCAGAUAAAAGGCAGUGUAUACAUUACUGCCUAGGGUCACCUCCAGUGGCAGUUACUCAAAGGCCACUAGAGGGGCUUCCUCGGUCAGUGCACACUCUGCAUGGAGGUGCUGAACUUUCUCUAUAAAGAUGCAUUGAGUCCAUUUAUCUCUAUGAGGAGAUGCUGAUUGGCACAUUUUGCCGCGCAUGCACAAUAGCCUUACAAUGCUUUCCUAUGGGAAAGCACUCGAUUGGCUGAGGCCGUCAAUUCUGAUGACUUCGGCCAGGGAGGCAGAGCGGGGGUGGAGCCAGCUCCGGGGGACCCAAGAAGUGCUGGAUAUAAGAUACGGUUUAUGCUUAUUUAAGGUGGAGCCGGGGGCCUAACACGGUUUUUUUUGUUUGUUUGUUUUUGGACAAUCUUUUGACCACCAUGCUCUGUCUGUGCUUUGUAAACAUCUCUGCCAGUAUAAGCCACGGUGAGAAAUAAUAUUACAAGUUUAUUCAGGGUGCAGUAAUGCAAAGUGCUUACAAUUUUUUGGCUCACCCUUUAAUGACUGCAAGGCUGCAUAGCAUAAUAAAUAAUAAACAGGGAAUUCCGUGCUGGCCAUUGAGGUACUGAGAUUAUGGUAAAAUGUAGCAUUUGCUCCAUAAGGGGUUAAUCAAUUUAGUGAUCUGUAAAAUUGAUUGAAAAUAUGCCAACACAAUGUAGAGAUUUAUUUUUAUUGUGUAGUAGUUUUCCACCUGCUUUUAAAGCAAGUUCCUAGUCUAAUUCUCCUGGAAAUAAAUGCAUGUGCUCUUCCUGUAGAGUUUUAUAUACAUCAUAAACAUUGCACACGCAUAACCAUAUCUCAUGGCCUUCCUAUCUUGUAGGAAGUGGACUAACCACACAUGGUAAUCAAUCAAUAUCCAACUAGCCAAUUUUACAUCAUGACAACAACCAAUUCUACACGGUAUUGAAAUGCUUGCCAUUUUAAAAUAGAUUGAACAGCCCCACCAAGAAGUGUAUUUGAUCUUUCUUCAACAUUUGUCAGUCUAGAUAUCUUAAUUACUUGAAUGCAAAAUGUAUUCCUUCAGUCAUCAUCAUUUCUGUUUUUCACUGAUCAGCAAGGUUUCUCCAGGCAUUAAAUUAAAGUUCUGAAUUUAUUCCUCAUGCCUUGCUUCCAAAAAAAAUCUCACAUUUGCUGUAUCGAUGGAUGGUUUGAGGGCGCAACUGUUGUGGACUGCAUUUCCCAUAAGGCUAUAAAGUAGGAGUUCACAUUUUUAAUAUCGGAGUAGGUGUUUAUUCAUGCUUAGAGGUAGCAUUCAAUGUGGAGCUUGUUAUACCUAAGCCAUGUAGAGGCAAAAAUGUCAGACCUUAAGAUACUUUGAAUGAGAAAGGCUCAGUAACUUAGCUGUGUGUCCGAUGAUGCUGUACUUUAGUUUGUUUACCACCAAAUUCUAGAUGCUGACAUUUUCUGAUUUCCUUGUAUGUCUAAAAGUAGUUGCAAUGUAUCUUCUUAGCACAUUUCUACAGGAUCUUAUGGUUAAAAUGGAUCUUUGUAGAUGUUCAGGAGAAUCUAGCUUGCUGAGCACCAUGGAAAGCAUGAUUGAUAAAAGAAACCGUGCCAAAUCCUAGCCAUUAGUGAUCUUUAUUGUAAAACGUUAUUAAAAUAUAUUUAACUGGUUAUAAAUUAUGUCCUAAAAAGAAUUUUCCCGGUCACCACUGUAGUACUGACCUGAUUACAGUUACACAAUCCGACAGAUCCUGCGAAGCUGACCCCCUUCAGCGUGCGCUCCAAGAUGGCAGCCAGAGGGAAGCUGGCAGUACAUCAACUGCCUGCAGCAGGGGCCUUCUGUGAAGACCGUAUUGCCGCACCUUUGAGUGACUUUGGUCGCAACUCUGGAUCACAAUCAAUCGUAGAGCAGUGACACCUCCAGCAACUGCUGUGGCUCAGCUAGGCCCUUGCAAGUGUCAUGUGAAACUGUGGUCUGCUAUGAGAGGCCUUGCUGUGCCGCUGACAUUGUGGAAACGUAGGAAAGUGCUGGGAAAAGCAUAUACUCGCUGACCGCCCUGUGCCAUGCAUCCUCGUUAUGCACCUGGAUCACGGUCCAUGAAGGGGCAUUCUCUUAGGCUCAGUUCACCUGCUCCAGUGACCAACACUCAACUCAAAAGGAGGCAGCCUGAGGGGAAUUCUCGGGCUCCGGUCCCAUCCGCAACCAUUGCUGAGAAACGUGAGAUAAAUGUGCCUGAUCGUUACAGAGUCUGGGGCUGGUGGGGAGCUGAUUUGUGGGACUCUAGGUGCUGCUCAUUCUGAGGUAGAUGUGGUGUGCAUGACAGAACUCUUCCUAUUUCCCCAUUUUUUGCAGCUCAAAAGGCAUAGGCUGAACAUCUUUCUUAAAGUUACUGAAAAUUCAAUUUUUGCUGAUGUGGUCUGUCAUUUGUAUUAGUUAAAGCUCAGAAUCCAGUGGUAUUAUAUCUUUAGACCUUAUCCACAGUUCUAUGUCACGGCGAUUGUAUUUAUUUUUAUUCUUAUACUAACCAAGUAGAACGGUGCUUAUGGCUAGUAUGUUUAUUUUUAAAAAAUGAGACCGCCAAAACUGGAGUAUGCUUAAUAGUUUUGUUGCUGAUUACUGUAUAUUUGCUAAAACUCCUUUUCUUUUCUGUACCACAUUGCAAUCUGUCUUAAUAAGGAAAGAUUUAGAAAAAAAAAGACUCAGAUCAUUAGUCAUAAUUACUGAUUGCACUCAGCCAAUAGCCAACCAUCAAUAUGCAAAUAAGUGAUGUGCAUCGAUGUUAUGCAUGGUCAAAAACACUGUUAAUUGCUCUUAGAGUUUGUGAAGAGGUGGAGUGCCUAUGACAGGCAUAGACAACCUUCGGCACUCCAGAUGCUGUGAACUACAUCCCCCAUAAUGCUCUUACACCCAUAAUGCUGGCUAAGCAUCAUGGGAGGUGUAGUCCAAAACAUCUGGAGUGCCGAAGGUUACCUAUGCCUGACCUAUGAUGAAGGAGCAGAGUUAAAGGGACUCUCCAGACCCGUAAAGCACUUUAGAUUUAUUAAAGAGACACUAUAGACACCCAGACUACUUCACCUCAUUGAAGUGGUCUGGGUGCAGUGUCCAAGAACCCUUAACCCUGGAAAGGUAAUUAUUGCAGUUUUUUCUCUCUUUUUUUUUUUUUUAUAAAUUGCAAUAAUUACCUUUAUGGGUUUACUCCUCCUCUAGUGUUUGAUUACCAGACAGUCGCUAGAGUGACUUCAGGAUUGUUAGGCUAUGCAUGAGGACUUCCAACGCCACCGGAAUCCCCAUUGGAAAGCAUUGAAUAAUUCUUUCUUGUGGGGAAAUUCUAAUCCUGAUGUCGACCGGGGGGGAGCGGACCCGAGCCAGCGCUGAGGGACAUAGGUGCUGGACUCAGGUAAGUGACAGAAGGUUGUUUUUUUUUUUUUAAACCUUCUGUAGCACAGGUAGGGAGAUGGACACUAUAGGGAGAUAUAGUGCUAGGAAAACAGCUUUGUUUUCCUGUUUCUAUAGUUUCCCUUUAAGUUCAUUAUUUGGGGAGAGUGUGUCAAUUUUUACAAAAAGUUCAUAUAUGAAGUCACAAUUUUUUUUUUUCCAAAUUAACGUGGUUACACCCCCCAGGUUCAGACAACCGUGCCUUGCACUUUCUGGUUUGCUUAACUCAGUGGAGCUUAACUCAAGAGGCAAGAGCACCCAACUUACAACUACUUCUCAUUGAGCUGUAUUGGAAAGUCUGUGAUUGGACAGCCACUUAAAGACUGGGUGAGGUUAGAAGAGGGGACUUGUAAGGGCUACAGACAAGAGAUCUGCAGCUUUUGCAAGCUGUUUUAGAUAUACCCCCAAUGAAAAAUGCAUAAUAAAAUGCAUGUAAGUUUCUGUUGAGGGUAUAUCUACUAAACAGUGAUUUUUAUUUUGUUUGGGUUUAGGCAGUGUAGUGUCCCUAUAAAUAGUCUCCAUUAAAUGUAGAUAUGGCAGAGGUUAAAAUUCGAGGGAAGGAAGACACCAUGGAGAGGCAGAUGAAAUGGAAGUGAUGGAAUGAGUAAAAAUAAUAAUACAUGUCCAGGACAGAAAUGUAAGAUAAGAUGAUGUUUAAAUAAAGAUAUUACAUGGAGCUGGAGGAGUAAGGGAUGGAGCAGAGGGCAAAUGAAAUGACACAAGGUUUAAGCAGGGAGAGAGCAAUUGCAUGAAAUUUGGAACAUGGAAUAAAUUGAAAUGACUGGAAAUUUUUGUUAGGAAAUGGGAGAAGUUGAAUCUGAAGUGGAAGACAAAGUUGUAAAAGAUGAAAAGGGCAAUGGAAAGACAAAAAUCACAAGUUUUAAUGUGAAAGAAGAUACAGCUCACUAUUUUGUGUAUUGGUAUCCAUAUCUGAGGUUAAUCAGUCAGUGCUGCCACACUCUCAUUAACUGUUAAUUAUCAGCAAAUGUUCCACAAUGCUCACUGCAAUGCUGUAUAAUAAUAUAGCUCGGUUAUAUCCAUCAUACAUGAGCUGUUAAAAGAUCCUAGCGCGUUCUAGAAUUUUCUGUUUCAUUUUUCCCUAGCUGAGGGAAUAUUUCCCUCAUGUAACUCAUAAAUGAGCGGAAGUUCUCCUAAUAGCCCAAGUGAUUCAUAGAUUUAAAAGCCUUCCACAACGGAGCAUAGCCUCUCAUUACCAUAACAGGUAUAAUGCAUCGUCUUUGUAUCAACUUCGAGCAGAAUGCCCUGUGAAUUAUUAGCAAAUCAGUCAUUUCAUCCCCUGCCUGUAGAGUUGGGGCUUUCCCAAGGAAAUGUUGGUCAGUUUUUGCUCAUACAUGACUGGAUGCAAUAGCAAAGUUCAAGCUUAAGUAAAAUCUCAAGUCAUAGCUCCUAAGUGUCCCUAUUUAGGAGGGACAUUCCCUAUUUGGGGCUCAACUUCCUCUCCCCCUCUUUCUUAUUCUAAUGCCCCUCUUUUCAAAGAGCUCCAUAUUGUAGGUGUAAUUUAGUUUAUAGCAGAGCUCCACGACUAUAAUACUCAGUGUCUUUAACACUUUAACAACAUUAGGACAUGUCAGUUAGGAUGUGACUCGUCCUGAUGUAAGAAGGGUUAAAGCCUUGCUUAUACCAGGGAGUCCCAGGUAUCAGUGAAUUUGUGAUGCUCUCUGCUGUCAGCUGGGGCCCCUUUUUGGUGGUUCCAGACUUUCUGAUGAGCAGCAAGCAGCUCUUUAACCCCUUAAGGACACAUGACAUGUCAUGAUUCCCUUUUAUUCCAGAAGUUUGGUCCUUAAGGGGUUAAAUAGGGGUUUAAAUGCCUAUAAAGAGAUUGUGGUGUGAGAUUGUCCUGCUUACACCAGGAAGUUCCAUUUAUCAAUGAUACCUGGGUCUCUCCUCUGUCAGAUGGAGACAUUUUUAGUGGCCCCUGACUAACAUACGAGAGCUAAGCAGCAUUACUUAGAGCCCUUUAACUUCAUUACUGUGGCUGAGAGGUCAUGCCUAGUCACUGUGUUUAUGUGCCGCAUGCUGCUUCGGGGUAACCUCCCAGGAUCUCUGAGCCUGUCUGCGGUCAAUUGUCAUCAGUGCUGGGCUUUGCUAAUUGCCCAACAUCCAUCAAAUGGUAAUGGGCUGGGGAGCAGGCUCCAUUUAUAAUUACCCUGUUUCUUACCUUUUGGGUGCAGAAGGGUGACUUGGGCUAUUGGGAGUCAGUCUGUCAGCUGGCUCUCUCCUCCGCUCUGCCUCCUCCCUCCCGCACUGAGUAAGCUAGGCGAAAUGACCGACUGUCACUUCCUUAGAGCACUGGCUGGGACUGCCAUUUUGAAAGGGGCUGGUCUUGCUAUUAAAGGACCACCACACUGACAUAUGCCCAUCGGGUGGCCCUCAGUGCAUGGGCCCCAGUCGGCCAGACCCCCCAGGACCACCGGGCCUUUGGCAACUGUCAUGGUUGUCACCCCCUGAUGGCAACCUUGACUUUACUGUGUUAGUGUAAGCUUUGGGUUGGUAAAGCAUUAGGUGUGAGGUUGGUAAAUGGUUAAGAUUAGUUACCAAAAAUGUUUUUUAAAUCCUUGACAUAUUUUUAGUUCUUUUUCUUUAGUUAAACGGAAUAUGUGAGAAUGUGUUUUUUUUUUUUUUUUUUUUUAUAUCCAUUUUAAUUACACUGUGGUGUUACAUAUAAGAUAUCAAAUGAAAGCCAUCUCUGGCCUUUAAAAAGUAAUAUAUAAUAUGUAAUAUGUAUGGGGCACUUAAUGAGAAACCCUUAAAUUAUGGUUGAACAAACACACAGAGCAAAUUCUAGGUUUUGUUUUGGUUCAGAACUUAGACAAUUGCCUUUGUCCUUAAAGGGUUAAAUUACAAUAAACGUAUUUAGAAAUCAGUCUGCGUAAAUAAGAUGUAUUGUUCUAGAUUGUAUCUUCGAUGUAUAAUUUGUUACUAUUAAAGGAGCACUAUAUGGUCAGGAACACAAACAUGUAUUCCUGACCCUAUAGGGUUAAAACCACCAUCUAGCCCCCCUGAACUUCUCAUGCCUCCCUAAAUAUAGUAAAAUCUUACUAGUAUUUAAGUCUGAAGCUGCAUGCUUUGUCACUGUUUCCUUUAGACCUUCCCACUGCCUGCUGACAUCAGCAGAAGUGGUAGCCUGAUCCAAUCACAAUGCUUCCCCUUAGGAUUGGCUGAGACUGACAAGGAGGCAGAUCAGUGGCAGAGCCAGCACAAGUCAAACACAGCCCUAGUCAUUCAGCAUCUCCUCAUGGAGGUGAAUUGAAUCAAUGAAUCUCUAUGAGGAAAGUUCAGUGUCUGCAUGCAGAGGGAGGAGAUACUGAAUGUUUGGGUGCAUUUUAGGCAGCCAUGACCCAGGAAGGAUCUCUAACAGCCACCUGAGGAGAGGACAGUGAAGUGAUCACUAGGCUGUAAUGUAAACACUGCAUGUUCUCUGAAAAGACAGUGUUUACAGCAAAAAGCCUGAAGGUAAUGAUUCUACUCACCAGAACAAAUUCAAUAAGCUGUAGCUGUUCUGGUGACUAUAGUGUUCCUUUACGAUAUAUACUUUUUCUCAUAACAACCCUGUCCUGGCAACACUCCCUAUCACGUAGUGUCCCUCUUUGUCCAGUUAAAUCUUGUAGAAAAUGAAUAGCUGUGCAUUCCUAGACGGCACAGUUUACUUUACAUGUGAUAAAUCGUUUAUGGUUCUGAAGGACCAUAUCCAAUAAGAAUUGUUUAAAAGUGGUAGUAAGUUUUAAAUAAAUAGAUAGAACUGGUGAUUAUGGGGCACAUGCAGUAGAAUGUUACACAGGAUUAUCAUUUUUAAAGGCAAUAUGUUUCAUGUAUUAAGUCAUGCCUUUGCAUAGAUUGUCAAUUAGUUAAAUUGAAAUUUUGCCUAUUUAUGGUGUUACGCUUGCUGGGCCACAGGUGCAAAUAAGGCCUGAUAUUUUUACCAUGAGUUUGAGUCUUUGAUACCUUCAGCUAUUCAUUCACCUAAAGAUUAGAAUCUUGAAAUCACCCCUCAAAUGUGCUCCCCCCUUCUAGAACCCAUUCACACUGUUUUUAGGAAUGAAAAGCUUUAUAUAUAUUACUUGCUGUUAUUAAAUUGAUUCUAACCUAGUUCAACUCUACAACCUACUAAUGUAUUGAGAACUUGAAUGAGACCCUGUAAAAAUUUGUGAUUUGUUAUACCUGCAAAUAAAUAUAUAAAAUUAUUGGAAAUGACCGCACUCCAAGGACUUGAUGAUAGUAAAAAUAAAAUAUAACUUUUAUUCUAUAUCAUUUAAAAAUAUUGACGUUUCAGCCCCAAUACAUGGGCUUUCAUCAGGAUGGCAAUACGUAGAAUAAUAUAGAAUAAACGUUAUAUUUUAUUUUUACUAUCAUCAAGUCCUUGGAGUGCGGUCAUUUCCAAUCAUUUAUUUGUAUCUUGUGCCUGACCAGCACCGGGCAAUUACUCUCUAAUCCAGGAGUGCAAGCAUCUCGAUAUAUAUAUAUAUAUCUCAAGAGAUGCACUCUCAGGGCUUUUUAGGUGAAUAUAAAAGGAUUUAUUCCAAUAAGUGAUACAUCAAAAAAUGACCGACGUUUCGACCCGUUAUCUUCCUAUAUAUCUACAACGUGGGAUUGCACUCAGGCAUAAAUUAACUUAAUUUGGAGAGGGUGAGUGCCAAGAUACCUAUUUUGUUUAUAUAUAAUAAAUAUAUAUAUAUAUAUAUAUAUAUAUAUAUAUAUAUAUAUAUGUAUAUUAUAUGACACACAGGUUUUGGCUGCAUUGUAUGGCUGGUAACCUGUAUUAUGGGUAUCAGAUUUCACUGCCUUCCAGUGAAAUAGUAAAGGCUAAAGGAACACUCUAGUGUUAGGAAUACAAACUGUACAAAUAACACUAUAGUGUCCCACUGCCUCCUCCUCCCCAGCCCACUCUGGCAAAUAAAAGCUUCAAAAAUACUACCUCCUCCGAAGUCAGCACGAUCCAGGAACCUUACACGCAUGCACAGCAAGUGUGUUCACGUGUUAGGCUUUCCCCAUAGGAAACAUUGAAUCAACGCUGGACGUUCUCAUGCAAAGCGUCGUUCUAACUGAGUUAAACUCCAUGUACAUCAAGGAAGUGCCUUUAGUGGCUGUGUGAAAGACAACCACUAGAGGCAAACAUUGCAACUUCUGAAAAACUGGAAUGUUUUACAUUGUACGAAUAAAGGGAGUCCCUCAAGGUUCAGUUCUUUGUCCCCUUUUGUUCUCUCUCUAUAAUGCCUCUCUCUGCAAACUCAUUAAUUCAUAUGGAUUCCACUACCACCUGUAUCCUGAAUCCUGACGACACCCAGAUAUAUCUCUCCUCCCCUGACCUCUCCCCUGCUGUCCUACAACGUGUCACCAAUUGCCUCUCUUCUAUCUCUGAUUGGAUGUCCUCUCGGUUUCUGAAACUCAAUCUCUCUAAAACUGAGUUUCUUACUUUUCCUCCUCAUAACACUGAGGGUUCUUGGGGUCACUUUUGAUCCUGGCUUCACCUUUGCACCUCAUGUCCAGUCUGUUGCUAAAACUUGUCGAUUCCAGCUUAAAAACAUUGCCUGCAAACGCUUCUUUCUUAUGCAAGAUGCUGCCAAGGAGCUUGUUCAUGCUCUAGUAAUCUCUUGCAUUGAUUACUGUAAUUCCCUCCUAAUUGGUCUCCCCAGAAGCCUACUGCCCCCCUACAAUCUGUGAUGAAUGCUGCUGCCAGGCUGAUAUUUCUCUCCUGUCGCUCCUUUCACACCUCACCCCUCUGUCAAUCCUUACACUGGCUUCCUGUACCCUAUAGGUGUCAAUUAAAAAUACUAACCCUUACCUAUAAAGCCCAAACCAACUCUAGCUCCUCUUACAUUUCUUCACUGAGUCAUAGGUAUGGCCCCUCUGUGUUUCCGCUCUAUUGGUGACCUUCUCCUGUCUGCUGCUCACACCCUUACUGCAAAUUCACACCUGCAAGACUUCUCACGGGCUGCUCCUUUCCUUUGGAACAGCCUGCCUACCCCUGUCAGACUCACCCCAUGUCUUCAAUCCUUAAAGAAGUCUCUCAAAACCCAUCUUUUCAGGAUUGCUUAUGGCCUCCAAGAGUAACUUCCAUCUCUCAAACCUUCCUCUUGCUCUUCCCUAAAGGGCCACACUCUACUCUCACCUCCAGUUCUGAUUCUUUCCCACCAUGUCUAUUUGCUGUCUCCCUCAAUACCCUUCCUAUUGGGUUUUCAUACCCAACCUUGUCUAGAUUGUAAGCUCGUUUGAGCAAAGUUCUCAUCUACCUAUUGUUCCUGUUACAUUUUGUUUUUGUCUCAUUUGGUAAAUUUUCCUCUAAUUUGGGAUUGAUCGAUUAUUUUUCUGGCCGAUAUUAUUAUCCGAUAUUCGGUAUUUUCUGCAAUAUCGGUAUCUGCCUAUAGAGAUACCGAUAUUGCUGAUAAUACAUACCAGGAACGCCGGGCCCAUGACUGGCCCGCAGCAAGCUCUUACUUACCUUCCCAGCAGCUCCGUUUAGCUCCCCUGUCUAAAUCUUGUGAGUCCCACGGAUUACCAUGGCAACGCUUUGCAAGGCACGCUGGCCGCGAGAUUUACACAGGGGAGCUGAAGGGAGCUGCUGGGAAGAGCUUGCUGCAGGCCCCCACUGCACAGUCCGUGACACCAGACCACCAGGGAAUGCCAUAUCCCCCUUCCCUGGCCAAGUAAGAAGCAUGGAGGACUAAAAAUAAAUAAAUUAAAUUUUCAAUAUUUAAUUUUUUUUUUUUUUUUUUUAAAAGCAUCCCCCCACCCUCCAUUUUACACAAAUUACAUGCCUGCAGAAACACACACACACACACUCUGCAUUCAUUAUAUACACACUACACAAACACACACUGCAUUCACUAGACACAAACUACACAAACACACACAGCUCUCCUGUCUAAACACACUGCAUCCACUACAUGUGGCAUGUAUAUUCUGUGCAUUUACCUUUAGAAAUAAUUUAUUUUUUCAAAAUGGUAAAUGUACAGAAUAUCGGUAAGAUAUCGGCCUGAAAAUUCACAGAUUUUAGGUUAUCGGUAUCUGCUCUAAAAAAUCAAUAUUGGUCGAUCCCUACCUCUUAUUGUAAAGUGCUGCGGAAUAAGUUGGUGCUAUAUAAAUAAUAACCAAUAAUAACAAUAAUAGUGCCAGGAAAACAAACCCGUUUUCCUGGCACUGUAAAAUCCUGCAGUGCCCCCUCCCUCGCUGCUAAAGGGGUUAAAACCUAAUGCACAUAUGCGGCAAUGGCCGUGCUCACAUUAGGAUUUCCUCAUAGGAAAGCAUUAUUCAAUGCUUUCCUAUGCAAAAAAAUCUGACGCUGGAGGUUCUCAUGCAGAGCAAAGGUCCAUUUGGAUUCUGGAAGUCCCUCUAGUGGCCGUAUGGUAGACAACCACUAGAGGAGGAGUUAACCCUCAGAGGUAAUUAUUGCAGUUUCUCAGAAACUGCAAUAAUUACCUCUGUAGGGUUAAGGGACAUGGGACAUUGCACCCAGACCACUUCAAUGAGCUGAAGUGGUCUGGGUGCCUAUAGUGUCCCUUUAAUGUGUAACCACAAUGAGCUCUGCAUCGCAGCUAGACAUUUAUUGGUAAUUGAUAAAGAAAUAUAAUCGUGGAUUGCUUUUGACAUAUGAUGUAGAAUAUGAUGUAUAAUAUGAUGUAUAAUAUUUCUGGUAUGUAUAAUAUAUUAAUUUAGUAGAAGUCUCUGUAGUCAGAAUACCAGCUAAUGGACAUAGUUCCUUGCCCAAGAGAUCUGUGCAUUUGCUGUUCUUUGUAUCCUGGUUUUCUUGGUCACAAACUAUAUGCCUUUCAUUCAUACAAAUGAAGAAUCUUUCCGAUGGUGGCUGAUGCCUUUUAUCAUUCUAGCUGACUGCAACUUGUACAUUGUGAUUGUAGCGUUUUAAAGCUGUAACGCCUUCUCGAAAGAAGCGCAUACCAGUCUUACAAGGAACAAAAGUUAAUUUACUUUAAAUGUUCAAUAAUUCCCGGCUGCAUGCCAAUGAAGAUGCUAAAUGGUCACAUAUCAUUUGUUCUUGAGUAGCUGUUUGCAACUUGCUUUUGGGAAUUGCUUCUAUCUGACUUCAUCUAAGGUUUAGCUUAUUAUGUAUGCUACCCAUAACCACUCCAGUCCCAAACUGUGCAAAGAACAUCCCCCCUUUUUUUAUUUCGCAAAUCCCAUUUUCAUGUGAAAGUUACACAUUCUUUUGUUGCAGAAUGUAAAGCCAUCCCCUUCCAUGAUAUAUAUACUCCCGAUAGCUGCAAGAAUUGUGCUUUGCUCACGUAUUGAGCUGUGCUUCUCAAAUGUUAAAAGCACUCACUCCCAGGAUAUAUUGCUAAUGAGGUUUUCUAAUUGUGUCUCUGGGGUGAUCUUUACAUAACCCAGCAGCACUCUGCAUCUGAGCUAGGCCGACCUGUUCAGCUAGAAUGAUAACUGCUGUAAUGAGUCCAGGGACACAGCAAAGACUUACCCUGUGAAUAAGCGUUGGGCAGUGAAAGGCUUCAGGAAGACAUUUGAUUUAGGUCAUUUACUACAGCAGGGAAGAGCUUGACUGUAAUUAUUGUCCGCUUUUGGCACAAUUGGGAUUUUUAUUUUCUUCGGUUAGAAAGCCUGUGCCCAGGAGUGGGGCUAUAAUGCAGGACACAAUAUCCAGAGUGUGCUCAUGUACUUAUUAUUUUAGUUACUGUAAUACGAACGACGCAUUGCUCUCUUUAUAUAAUUUAAUGGCAUGGUUCUGUACCUGAGCUUCCGUUUAUAAGUGAAAGCAAGAAUAGUUCGAUUCCCCCAAGACAUAACACUGUAUGGCUUUCAGUCUUCCCUUGUUCCAGUGUUCUCAUCCAUUGAAAUGUAAUUUGUCAUGAGCUGUUUCAGAGUGUUGUAAAUAAACCAUGAAGAGAUUAGCCUGCAUGAACGUUAUAAAGACAGGGACACAGUUGUGCUCUCCGUGCAGUAGAAAAGUUAAAGGGAGAGCCGCUAUAAUUUAUAGAAGGAACGGACACAACCUUGGGAAGAAUUGAUUAGUGGGAUCACUUUUAUUAUGGCCAGGUUUUUCCCCCUCCUCUCUGUGAUAUCCUUUGUGUGUUUGGAGGUGCUCUCUUCAUCUGUCAAUGAAAUCUAAAUGACAAAAUAUAUAAUAUAUACAUGUAAGUGCACCGGGUAAUUACAGGGUAUUAAAGGCACACACUAUGCACAAUGCAGUUGUUAUGGUACAAAAAGAGACACUGGGCGCAGUCUGCCUGUAAUCUGUCAAACCAAUUACAAACAGUCUGACACGUCUGAAAUUAAGUGCCAACGAGCUGGGCUUGGCUCAGACAGAGAAUGUCCGGCUGUCCGUUUUUACUAGUGGUUGUGGGGAGAGGUGCCAGGUAAGAAGUCAAACUGUUCUAUAAGUUAAUUGGAACACUUAAAAAAGAAAAUGUAUACUUAUCAUAACCCUGUAUUUAACGUCUUUUAUUUGUUCUUCUUUUUCUUCCUACCAGCAUUGCAAUGGCAACUAAAGAAAAUAUGACGUCACAGAGGGGGUUUCUGAAAUCCAUACAGAGCAGAAUGAAUACCUUGGCCAGUAUCCUUAUACAUGAUGCAUUUUGCAGUGAUGUAGACCCUGCAGUGUCAGAAUACUUAGUGUUUAAUAUGUAAAAUGAUUUAUUUUUAUUUUUUUCUUUAGCUGAUACUUGUGUGUUUAAAAAAGGAUAAUGGUAAAACAAUUGCACAGUUAGUGCCCUUUCCAUGGCUAUACUGUAAGUCUCACACAUUAUUAAUAUGGACAAUAUGGUAAGAAAAAAGGAUCACAUUGUUAAUUUUUAAAUUGUGUUUUACAUUUGAGUUGGAUUUGACCCCUCUGAAGCUUGCGAAGAGUUAUUUUGAGUUGUUUAUUUUUUCUCACCUAGGUAAUUGUUUUAGCCCAGCAUAUUGACUUCUUUUCAGAACUGCAUCUCCCAUGGUGCUUUGUGAGUGUGUUGUGUCAUGAGAUUUGCAGUGGUAGCCAGCAUGUGUGUUUUACUUCCUUCCGCGUCCUGGGAACCUCUAGCUGUUACCAAACUGCAACUCACAUCAGACGUUGCUAGCCUGUGUCCUCUACUGCUUUAGAGCUGAAACCCCUGUGGUGCUUUGCCUGAGUAAAAGUUAUACUUCUAAAACAAGGCUGUCCUUGAGGAAGAUCCAGUGCCUGGUGUUUGCAGAGUAUUUUGAAGUAUUUGCUAGAUUGUAUGUAUAUGUGAAAAUGAUGGAUUAAAAAAAAAAACAAUUUAAACAUCAUUACAUACAGAGAGAGAGAGAGAGAGUGUAAAAGGGUUAUCUUUCAGUUCAUUUGACCACACUGGAUACAAACUAGACACUGAUUGAUGUAUUUCUUACAAAGCCUGUAACGUGAUGUCAAUAAGCAGCGUAUGAUAAGACAAGCUAAAGCCUGUUAAUGAGCACUCAUAUUUCAAAAUCAGACAAAGUAGCACCCACACAAUGUAUUAUGUACAUUUUAAAUUUGUAUAUUUAAAUAUUAGAUUCACUGCUGUUAUAUUGAUUAUAAUGCAUAAUUAGAAUCAGAGCUUAAAUAAAUUACCAUUUGUAGUUCAGUGAGCCCAAGCUUUUUAAAUUAAACUGAGAACCUCAGCACAUAUUUACUAAUAAUAACCACAUAUUAUAACCGAACUUACACAGUGAUAGUUUCUUGUAAUGCAGCAUUCCAUGGCCUCUAGAUCAGUGGUAGUACCAAGUUCAAAAUGGUUCGGAACCUAGGUCAACUAAUCUAAACAUAAUCGUUCAACCAACUCAACAUUACUUAAAUAGGCAACUUCACAUGGAUUUUUCUAAUGUUAUCUUGGUGGUUUUUUUUGCUUGUUUUUUAGCCCUGUACUGCUUGGAUGGUGACAUCUGUGUCAUUAUUCCCUGUAAUAUGUAGGAAAUAUGUUCCAGCCUGCCUAAUACAUAUGAUAUAUAACAGUGAAGCGAAGCAUGUAACUGUGUGCCAUUUUAAUGGCGACAGCUGAACUAGCUGCUGCAUGGGUCUGUAAGUCCCACUAAUCAUAGCUGUCCUGGUGCUGCCCUAAAAGUAAAGACCUCCCAAUAUCGCUUACUCUACAUCACUAGUUAUUAACCACUACUCUACACCAUCACUGAUAACUUGAUACCUAAUACCUGUUUUGGGAACUUGAACAUUCCUUUUAUCAGUAAAAACACUUGCACUCAUCCAGGUUAUAGUUAACAGGACCCCCAAUGGAGUCUGCAUGUCUACAGUCUCUCCACUGUUAGUUUGUAAGUGAUGUCAGUAUACAUAUAUAUUGGAAUAGUGAUAAUGAGUAUCCCAGCAGUAUACCUUUAAAAUAUAUUGGAAUUGCUUAUUCAGCAAUUACGAAAUCUGAGCAUAGUUCUCGUAGGGCUCCUAAAAGCAAUGUAACAAAUUCCAUUACGCACAUUGAAUUCAGAAAUGAGAUGCAUAUUCUCAGGGAAAUGUCUUGGUAUCACAAUGAUUAUUUAUUUAUGCAUGUAUUUUUAUUGUUUUUUUACGUAAACCAUAAGAACACCUGGUAAUGCCGCUUAUAUUUUAAUACAGGAUAAUAAUUGUACCUCACGGAAAGGUUAUUUCCCAAAAGAGACUUACUCAUUUUCAUCACUUCUCUGAGUACUUGUCUGAUUAAUAAAUGAGAGAGAAGUGGUCGCUAUUAAGAACAGAGAUGUCAUGGGUUUAAUAAUUACACUACACCGUAAUGAGGAUACAUCUGGACAAAGUGGUUAAUAUUUUAGCAACUAUCUAGCAUGCCCCUCUCCGACUAAGACGCAUCAUGAAAGUCAUUAGUAAAGACUUCAUUGUCUACUUACCAUAAAGGAACACUUUAGUGUUCAAUACAUUUAUUUUUAACGUGAGUGUGUUCCUCAUAUCUAUUAGAUUCAGAGCAUUCAGCCAUAGAACUUACCUUUACUCCUUACAGUAUCUGCCGUGCCUUCUGUGAGAUCAUAAAGAUUAUUAAUAUCUGUCCAAUCCAAUGCUGUUUUCAGGAUGUGUGUAGGGAGACUGUGUGAGUCUCAUGCAUACACCAAAACUAUUUCAUUAAGCUAAAGUUGUUCUAAUGCUUAGACUGACCAUCCAACUGUUUUUAAAUGUAUUCUCUCAAACAAUGGUACACACGUGUUUCUCUCAAGCUUACUGCGCUAUAUUCUGUUACUAUUAAUUUAUUCCAGUUACAGGCCUUAACACAGCUGCACAAAGAUCGGUUUCCGGCAGUCAACAACCUUAUCCAAAGAAUCAACCUGAGGAAGCGCCGGGAUUCGCUCAUCUUGGGCGCCGUUAUUGGCAUUUGCACUAUCUUGCUGCUGCUGUACGCUUUCCAUUGAUGACUGACACUUGACAGACUCUGCCCCAAAGCAUAAGCAGCAACACCAGGUCGGCGAUGAGCGUGAAAGCUGCGGUUCUGUGCCCACCACCUGUAGAUAAGGGAUUGGGAUAUCUUAAAAGAAUUUACAUUUUAUACUGAUAAUCUCCAUUGUACGGGAAUUAUCAAUAUUCAAGCCAAUCAGGCAUAUACUACCAGUCAUUUAACCCUUUACUGAACCCAUCCUGUAUUUGCAGAUACAGCAGAUGAUGGAGGUUCUGAGAAGUAAAUCCAUGUUUAAUCUAGGAAUCUCCUUUGUGCAUAUAAUGGUUCUGAAAGUCAUCACAGAUUUUAAUGUCUUAAUGUCAUAAUACUGGUUCUUUUAUUUGAAAUUCAUUCUUUUUCCUCUGUUAAUUUAUCGCUACAUAUACAUUACUGCUGUGUUUUUUGUUUUUUUUUGUUAUAAUGUGGACUAUGUACAUUUUAAUCUGCUCGUAGGAUGGACCGUGGUAAAGAAGAUCACAACCAGCUUUAUGGGAUUUCUAGACAAAACAAGGACCAACAAGUCAGCACAAGCCCACAAAUGUACAGCGCUUUGUACGAGAUCAAAAUACAGCCCGUUGAUAAAUCCACAAAUUUAUGAAUUAUUUUGGGUAGCUUUCUCUUUUGUCAUAAUCCCCAAUUUUAUUAUUUUUAGCCUUGGUUUUCAGUAAAAUUUAUAGGUCUCAGAGUUUUGGCAGUAAAAAAAAAAAAAAAGCUAAAAAAAAAUAAUAAUCUUGCUGAUCCUUACCUUAUUGUGAGUUCCUAAAAAAAUAUAGUUCUGUAUAAAUCCGGAAACUUACUUUUCGUCCUGUCAAAGGCUGCUUUGUUUUACUAUGAUUUAAAUUUCUGUACAGAUCUGUUUUCUCAAUCCUAUCAACUGUUUAAGGCUGUGAGGGUGUUUAUCAGUAUACUGUUAAUGCACGCCAUUGUGGGACCAUGCAAUAACCCUGUUAGCCACCAAAUGAGAAGUGCUACAUUGUGUGCCUGUACAUGAACUUUUCAUUUCACAGAGAAUUUGUGAAGAGGGCAAAGGGAAUUGAAAGGAACGUUCUACAGAGCCAUACAAAUUGAAUUGGGAUGCAGGAAAAAUCUAUUUUUAUUAGAUGUGCUUUAAGAUGCACUUCCCAUUCUGUCAUUCAGGUGAUAAUUGAGCCUUGCUUAAUUAUAUGAAUGAGGUGAAAAUCCAUAUUGAGGGUUGAUAUUUGUGAUCUACAAAUUGAAAUUUCUAGGCUAAAGUAGUUGAAUUUGAAACCUUUUCCAGGUCACCUUAUCUUAUGUUUCUACUUCAGCUACUUUGGUGUGUAAAAAAAAUAAAUAAAAAAUCACUUUGAAUUCGCAGCAAUUUACAGUUUUGUGAGCAACCGUGCUAUUGAUUUAUUCAUAUACAACAAUCUACAGCAGAACUUCAGAAUAGAUCGCUUUUGCCCUGAACCAGAGUGUUUGCAAUUAUUAACGCUUUGUGCACCUGAUGAGGGUAUGCAAGGUAACAUAAUUUGCAAAUCUCUGUCUCACUUGUAGAUCAAGCACUGUAUUUACUCAAUUAAAAACACACAAAAAACUAUUAAUGCAUUGUCAUACUGUCUUAGCGGUUUUUGAUAUCCUGCCAUUUUCACAUUUUUAGUUUUUCAAAAGAUUAUGAUCGCUUGCAGGAUAUUUAACUGCUUGGGAGUUGCCUGUGUCUCUUGGUAGGAUGUGUACAGGAAUCUGGUAUAGCUCUACCACAACUUUUAAAUAUUCUACAGAUUCAUUAUAAUUUACUUUAACCUGUUUCAAACAGGAGCUAUGCCUGUGAACAUGUUGGAGCUUAGGAAGAGAGUACAAAUAAGGUUCCUUUAGAUUUUGUCUAGAGAAUAAUUUGAUUUGCCCUUCCCAAGCAUGCCAGAUCUGUUUAAGCAGUGAUUCCCAGUUCUGAAACAGUUUAGAUGGUUUUCAAAAUGCAUUUAGUAUAUUUACAGAAACAGUCCUUUUAAUGUCUACAAUAUGAAUUUUACUUGGGGACGGUUAGGUUUAAAUGUAAAGGCUAUUCACCGAAGUGUAAGUUGGCUGGACAUUGCUUAUUUUAGGACAAAUACGCUAGCUGGACCUUUAUUUUCCAGUUUGACUGUUUUGGUCUAAUAUUUAAAACUUCCCUGGUCAAUUCCAGGUUUAGUUUGGGGGGGGGAGGGGAGCAUAAGUCUCCAAACCAGACCUGUUUAUUGAAAUUAAUUUAACAAGUGUGCAUCUUAGAGAAAAUCUCACCCACGACAGAUCUAGUGCUGAUCAGAAUCAAUCACUUUCCAGCCAAAACCUCAUGUAUGUAUUCAUCUCUUACAGUUACCGGUUUCAGUACUGUGGACUCAACUCAGAGGAGACAUUGGUCCUCCAUAUAACUGACAUUUAAACAGUCAUAUUGUUUGUUGCCUAGUGACAUUGGAAUUUAGUGAUCUAUGUUUUCUGAAUUUACAGUUAGAUUGUGAACUGUCUUAAUUUAUUCACCAAGCUCAAUUUAAAGUGUUACCCAGUUAAAGAAUUUCCAAAUCCAAAGUAUGUACCUGUAUAUAACCCCUUCCUUCUGAUGGCACUUUUCUUAUUUUGCUUUACAAAUGCUCAUUGAAACUAAUUAUAUUUUAUUGCUCUUGUAAUUAUUUCCCAUAUUUGCACCUAAUGUGCAUUUUCUGUCUGUAAUAAAAAAAGAAAGCUUUGU